AAGAAGCAUCCAGCAACAAUAAUGGCGGCUCUUGUCAGGUUAUAACGGGCACUAUCACCGGGGAUUGAGCUACUGUUGUGCGAGGUACCGAUGAAAUAUUGAAGUUAAUGUUUUGCUUGUUUUGUGACUUGUUGGGUUGAAUUUAUUUAUUUUAAAACAAGUACUCGGAGUGUGACGUCACUUCCGCUAUUGUUGGCGGCUUUUUAGAAAGUUUCCCCCAGUUCGCGAAACUUUUAUUACCCCACUUCCCUCUCCCCACCUCAAUUCGAUUUAUUUGAUUCUCUUUGUAAUUACAGCAUAUUGUUUUAUGUUCAGGUUUGCAGCUCUUGUACUGGGUAAACAAACAUGGUUACUAAAUUUAAAAAAAAAUCUUUUGUCAUAAACUUUGAGUGAGCUCUUUUGUAGAUGAUGAGCUCCUGAUGUAUAAACUGGUUUCUGUAAUGGUCACACAAGUUUGAGAAAAAAUAAUGUAACUAGAUCAAAGUGUUGAUGUUUAGAGUUUGCUUCCUUUUUUUUCCACCCUAUUCCCUUUACCUUUUGUUAAUUUAUUCCCCCUGUAUUUUGUUCUUUAUGAUAUAUGUCAACACUAAGCAGUAUUCUUUUUAUUCAGGCUGUAUUGAUUGUAUUGUUCUUUGUAUUUUUUUUUAUUUUUUUUUAGUAUCAAUAUAAUUUUUGCUAUGCACCAUUUUUACUGUGAGAAUAUUGAACUUUUAGAUAAAACAACUAUUUUUCGACUCCCCCUUUCUGACUGCCACAUUUAGGCACUUUCAGUUAAGUUCUCUGUUAUGUGACUCUGUGCUCACUAUAUGACAACUGUCCAUUGGUUUGCAAAAUUGUGCGUUCUUUUCAGUCUGGUGAUUUUUGAAAAGCAAUGGAUAGUCAAUAAUAACAAUAGUUGCAAAAUUGCGACCAUAGGGUCAGAUAACGGCAAUCCGACCAAAGAUUCAAAAAGAUGGCUCUCGGAAACCAGGACUGGUAAAAGGUAGGCAGGAUGUUUCUAAAGUGUAAUGUACAUGAGUUAAAAAUAAAAAUCUGGUACUAAACAACACAAAAUCAUGAGUGUUUUGUAUUUUUUUUUUUGUUUUUUUCCCCCUCCUCUCUUUAUUUAGUAGACUGAUAACAGACAUGCAUAUUACAUUGUAAAAAUAUACUGUAUACAUGAGCUUUCAAUCCAUCUGGUCUAUUUUUGUGUUAAUAAAAAUGGAAAGAAAAACCAUGAAUCUGAACAUACUGUCAAAACCCUUGGGGUUCUGCCAAAUGUUGGGUGUAUCUGUGGCCUGAGCCCACCAACUCCUCUUUUACUUACAUUUAUUUAUAUAUAUCUCAAAAUGCAGAACUUGGGGAAAACUGUAUCCUGUAUAAUGGGAUUAGGUGUCAUACUAAGGGGAGGAGAGGUGUGGGAGGUAACUGCUAUUUCAUUGGGUACUGUAUUAAUAAAUGUGACUCCCUCCCUUGCAUGGGAGAAAUGCUUAAAAGGAGGUUGUGUGGAAUAAACAUCAGUUCUGCUCCUGAUGCUGUUUGUCGUCCAGUCAUUGGGAUCUGUAUGGGGAUAUUCGUGGAUUGCUUUGCUUAUUGGAAUUAUUGCUUCCUGGGAUUUUUCAUCACUUGUUCCUGAGCCUCACUGGGAUCUUAGUGGAGUUAACCUGUGAAAUACCAGGUCUCCGCUACACAUGUCAUACCACAAUUUUGGUCAGUUGAGACGCGUAGUAGUAAUCAUAUUUUUUAAUCCCAGUCUUCCACACCUUUUUGGUCUAUGCAGUAAUUUUCUUGCAUUGCGGUGCCUCUUGUUAUUCCAUAUAAUGCAAUCUCCAAUUUUAGUGGUAGGUCAUGCGUUCGGCAGCUGACAGAUUCAGGGGCAUGGAACUAGAUUUAUCGAAGUUGAUUUUAUAUCCUGCUAUUUUUCCAAAGUUUUUGAUGGCACGAACAGAUGUAUAAGUGAGGUAAUUGAAUCAGUUAGAGCUGGGCUUGACAAAUUUGCUUGGAAUCUAGGAGCCAGCUAAAAACGUUAGGAGCCAGGAUUUUUUUUUUUUUUUUUAAACAAAGCAGAGAAAAGGCAUUGUUUACAUGUUACUGAAUCUAAUCAAAAAUGGCAUACAAAAUAUUUGAAGAGUGGCAAGUGAUCAGUUAAUCUUAUCAUUUACAUUAUUGCAGUUAAAAACUUUGAAAUAGUUUUUUAGGCCUUGAUAGUUUGCAAGCUAAAUAGGUGCCACAUUGAUCAAACCCUUAUCUCAAAUAAUGUUUUAUUUUUAUAGUCGCUCUUGUCCUGUAAUUAUUACUUAAAAAAUGUUUAAGACUUUUACAGUCUCUGAAAAAUAAUUUAGGUCAUACUGGGAUAAAAAUACCUGUUUGUAUUCCUAAUGCUUUAGUGCUCCUUUAAAGGGACACUCCAGGCACCCAGACCACUUCUGCCCAUUGGAGUAGUCUGGGUGCCAACUUGCACUACUCUUAACCCUGCAAGUGUAAUUAUUGCAGUUUUUUUAUAAACUGCAAUAAUUACCUUGCAGGGUUAACUCCUCCUCUAGUGGCUGUCUACCAAACAGCCACUAGAGGGCACUUCCUGGAUUAUAGCACAGAAAACCUGUGCUAGAGCGUCGCUGGAUGUCCUCACGCUGUGUGAGGACCUCCAGCGUCGCUCAAUUCCCCAUAGGAAAGCAUUGAAAAGCAUUUUCAAUGCUUUCCUAUGAGGAGCUCUAAUGCGCAUGCGCGGAGGAGGAGCGGCGGCAGAGGAAGAAGCAGCAACGUUGGACAUGUCGCUGCCUCUGGUAAGUCACUGAAGGGGUUUUGACCCCUUCAGCAACCGGGGAUGGGAGGUGGGAAGGAGAGGGGACCUGCAGUGCCAGGAAAACGGAUUGUUUUCCUGGCACUGGAGUUUCCCUUUAAGAUUACAGGCAGCUGAAGUAACAUGAUAUAAAGACGGGUGGAGCAUGGGUUGGUUAAUUAUAGUAAAAUUCAAAACGCUGAGGGAAAUCAGGGUGUUGGCAUAGCGCUUACUGGAAAAUGUACAGCUUGUUUGCCACCUCCUCCUAAAAAUAGGGGUGAAGCAAAAGUACAGCUGUUUGCAUCAUUUGCUUGAUGUUUCAGUAAUGUUGAUUUCUAUAAUCUUGUUUUGCAGGUAACUUAUUUUCAAAUUAUUUUUAAAGAGCAGAAAUGGGAAAGAGAAAGAAAAACUUGGAAAAUGCUCCAGAGGCAGAAGACUCUGAGAAAAAGGUUAGAUUGUAUCUGUUCUUUUCAUUUGUCAGGCUUUACUUUUAUUGGGGCUAUGUGUUUUCCUGGCACUAUAGGCUCCUGGAGUGCCUCACACCCUCGCGCCCCACCUCCCACGGGGCUGAAGGUGUUAAAACCCCCUUUAGCCACUUUCCUGAAUCCAGUGCCAAUGUCCCGCCGACAUCAGCCGGGGGGGGGAGGAGUACUACCUUGUGCGUAUUAGAUCUCCCCAUAGGAAAGCAUUAUUCAAUCUAUCCUUGCACCAUUUCCUAGUAAUGGGUCAUACUGUUUUACAAUGGUUUGCUUACCUAGUUCGGCUGGGCGCUGAGUCUCCACUGAAGCAUGAUUUUGAGACAUCCAGCCAGGUGCUGAUCCUGGCACUCACUCACUCAUUGGCUGAGAGUGUGACCUGACCAUGUUCAACCAAUUAAUUAGGUACUGUGCAUUAAAAUUGAUAUUCUGGCUGAUGUUAUACCAAUGAUACUGCCAUCAUUUGAGUUCCACCACCAGUAGCAGAAGGUUGAAACAUGGAAUGUGAAGCAUUUCAAAGUGAAUCACUGAACAAACAAUCUCUAGGCACCAUGACCUCAUCAAAACACUAAAGUUGUCAUAGUGCAUGGAGUAACCAUUUAAAUUUGAUGUCCAGGUUUGAGUGCCCCUGGUGUCUAUAUUACGUUCAAAAAGUAGGGGUUUGUUACCACAUUCAGGAUACUUCAAUUCUAAUGAGGAAAACAAGGCAUUGGUGGUACAUGUUACGAGUGGUAUAUUUUGGUUUUGUGCUUCCUUAGGCAUUACUAAAAUCAGGCACCCUUCUAAUCUAAAUGUGCUCCACCCCUUCCUGUCAAGGCUGCACCUCUUCCUUAGACCAAAACUCAGGUUGACUGUCAGACACAUGCCCUCACAGAUACACACACUGACAGUUAAACAGUGUGUGCGUGCCAAUGACUGUGUGUCACACACACACUUACUGAUAGGCACACACUCUCAGAUACAUAUACAUUGACAUACUCUCCUUGAUAGAAACACACCCUCAAUGAUUUGACACACACACUUACUCACAGACACAUUCACUGACACACUCACAUACAUUUUCACAUACAUGCAAAAAAAAUUUUCAUUUAAGUCCACCCAUAUAUAUAUAUAUAUAUAUAUAUACACACACACUUUACACUUUUAAAGCCAGUAGACAGGGACUGAGUAAGGAGACAGGGCUGUAGUGGGGGGAUGAGCUGUAAUUGGGGGGUUAGGAAAUGUAGUGGGGGGAUAGGGGUUGAAGUAGGUUGAUGGCUACAAUUUGGGAAAGGGGCCGUGGUGUUGGUGUUAUGGGUUGAAAUUGGGGGAGAUGAACUGUAGUGGGGAUGUUAUGGGGGCUGUGGUGGGGGGACAUGGGGCUGAGAGGGGGGUACAGGAGCUGAGGUGGGGGUGGGGGCAGGGGCUGAGGAAGUGGACAGGGGCUGAGGAGGGGGAUAAAAAAAGCAGACAAGAAAAACUAAAGUGUGUCCCCCUGAGUCCUACCUUAGGCCAGGGAGAGGUGGGCAGGAGCCAGCAGUCAGUGGAGUCGGCCGGCCUUUCCUGAUGAUGUCAGGAGGAGAGGGCGUGACUUCCUCUGCUCUUCUCCCAGACUCCCCAGCGGUCCUGGGAGAAGAGCAGUGAAAGUCAUGCCCCCUCCUCCUGACAUCAUCAGGAGAGGCUGGCCGACUCCACUGGCUACAGGGAGAGUGAGGUAAGUUGAAAAAUCCGAGUCCCCAGCCAAAGGCAGGGGAUUCAGAUUUUUCCUUUUUUUUUUUUUUUUUUGCUGGGUUUAGGGCAGCCUGGGGGGUCAUAAUUGCUAUCUGCCUACAAUAUGCACAGCCGCCCUAAGGUGGCCAGCCAGCCAGCUCUCGUGCCUCAUGUGUCUCAUGACAUGAGGCUAGCAUGGCAUCUGCUAAAGUUGCUGGGGCGUUUGGAAGCGUCCCACCUGGAAAGUGCCGCCCAAGGCAAAUGCCUUGUUGUACAAGCAAAAAGUGACUCUUUAUAUAAUCACCUUAAAGGUGCCUCCCCUGAUGGUGGUGGAGGGGCCAGAGGUCCUCGUCCCUCCUCGUUGUAGCCCAAAUCCAGGCGCAAAAUGUGGGGGUCCAGGUUAAUCAGUGUUAUAAACUAUUUAUUGUUGACUGCCGUCAAAUACAUAUAAAUCAAUACAUACUAAAAAUAAAAUAAAUUUCCAUAAGCCCGGUCCUACGCUUUUUGUUCUGUCUUCAGGGACAUUUAUCAAUAAAAACACAAUCAAAUGCUGUAAAACCACAAUCAAAUUCCCUCCCCACAACAGUUCCCUUAUACAGGGCUAGUCCCUAAACGUGCAUAGGUGGUAUAUAGGGCGUUGUUGUAGGUCGAUCAUUUAAGCCCACAAAGAAAGCUCUGAAGAUCUACUGAGUUGAUCGAGUACACAUGUGAAUGAACCAAUAACCAAUUUAAAGAUAAGUAUAAAUAGUAAAGUGCACUGUAUACUAAAGUAAAAACUAAAAUUAGGGUCCCAUGUUUGGUUCCUAGUAAAACAAUAACCAUUAAAGGGAAACUAUAGUGCCAGGAAAACGGUUAUUUUCCUGGCACUAUAGCUCCUAAUAGUGCCCACCUCCCACCUUAAAAACCCCUUCUCUCACUUACAUGGUCCAGUGCCGAUGUCCCUUGGUGCUGGUUCGGGUCCGCCUUCGCUUCCCUUGUGUCACUUACCUGGGUCCAGCGUCGAUGUCCCUCUGACGUUGGGAUAUUUUUUUUAACCAUAUCUCCUUUCUCCAAUUUAGACAAAGCCUUUCAAUGUCAAUACAACUAAGAUGUUUAAAAUGAAAUACUGGGCAAGAGUUGCAGUGCAUCAGAAGACCCUUCAGAAUGUUAUUAAUGUGCUCCAUUAUUCUGAUCUCUAGUGGUCUCUUGGUUCGGCCAACAUAUUGCUUGCCGCAAAGACACUGCAGCAAAUACACCACAAAAUCUGUGCGGCAUCAAUCUCAGAACAAAAUGGCAAGACUUCAUGAAUAACAGUAAUAGUAACGUGUGUAGAUCUAUCCAUCCCAUUGGAGUGACAAGCUUUGCAUCUUUGGCAACCCCUAAAACAACUUUUCGCAUCUACUGUCAUAUCUAUUUUUUUCUUUUUAAUAUAACUGGGUGAUAAUAUUUUUCAAAUUCUGAUUCCUUUUAAAAAUCCUCAUAGGUUCUUUAGGUAACAAUUAGCCUAAUAUUGGGUCCUUUAAUACAAUUGGCAAGUGUGUGUGUGUGUGUAAGCCUCUACUUAUUUCCUCAUGAUUAGUGUUGCACCUUCCCACGAACAAGGGAAGCAAGCUCCAGGGUAAGAAUCUUGAUUAUGUUCGGUAGUUUGUUAGUUUUUAAACUACCGAACUAGACUGACCGCUAGUCCUGAUCCUAUGGAACUGUUUUGGGCAGGAGCCUUGUAUGUGGUCGGUCAAGUUAAGACUUCCAGGAAGUUCCCGAACCCCUGAACCGAUCUGGGUGAUUUUUGGAUAUGUUGGUCACCCAAAUCAGGGCUAUCAAGGGAUGUAACUUUUAGGAGUUUUUUAUGUAAUUUUAAGGUACUUUUGGGGUGUUUGUGAAAUGUGUUUUUUGUGCCUCUAGAUAAUUGAGUUUUGUACAGUUCCUGACUCCGUUAUCUCCCAGGUAUAGGGGAUUAUCCUGUUUUCUGUGGGAGUGUGAUGGGAGUGCUUGUCUGUGUUAAAAAAAAUUAUAAAAACAGGCCAUCUGUCCAGAUUAAACGUAUUCCAGCUUGUACUCCCAGAACUAUGUGUCGUCUGGUUACAGUUCCAGUGUGAAGGAUUCGACGGGGAAAGUCCUUGUAAGAACUAGAACUCCCAGGACUGAGCGUCGUCCAGUGCAUGGGGGUGGAUAGAGCAAGGUCCCAAUUCGGCUCCAGGAGGGAGCGGCUCCAGGAUCCCAGUCAAGCCGCGGCGACUGUGAGCAGAAGUGCUGCGGUUUGUCACCUGUUGCAGUUAGGGUAGUGGUCCUUGGUCGAGGUACCCAUCCAGGUGUACAGGGAGCUCUGUUACAACUACCUUUCCAAAUAAUAAUAGCAUUCAAUAUAAUGCCAUCAGAACAUCAAGCAUGCCAUCCAGUUAUGACCAGAGCACACAAACAGAUCCUCCAAUCUGCUCAUAAAGAUAUUGGCAUAAAUGGGGGGAAAACCUGAUGCCCAUAGUGUUCAUAGUUACCUGCAAAUAAAAUGUACUAUUAUCUUGACUAAUACAAACAUAUGAUAGCUUCUAAGAAUGCUUUGUUAGCCUCUCAGUAAAUACAGUGCUGUGAAGGAAACACAUAAAAACAUCAGUUAGUUUGUACAAGGCAUGAUUCUGAUAAGUAAGGUUAACAGACAAUAGAGUUUGCACAAUCUACAACACCAGCUUAAAGGACCACUAUAGGCACCCACACCACUUCAGCUUAAUGAGGUGGUCUGGGUGCCAGGUCCAGCUAGGGUAAACCCUUUUUUUUUAUAAACAUAGCAGUUUCAGAGAAACUUCUAUGUUUAUGUUAGGGUUAAUCCAGCCUCUAGUGGCUGUCUCUUGACAGUGAGAAGACGCCAGCGUCCAUAGGAAAGCAUUGUAAAGCAUUGUAAAUGCUUUCCCAUGAGACUGGCUGAAUGCGAGCGCAGCUCCGGCCACGCAUGCGUAUUCAGCCGGAGAGGAGAGCUCCCUGCCCGGCGCUGGAGAAAGAGGUAAAUUUAACCCCUUCCUCCCCCCUGAGCGCCACGGGAGUGGGACCCUGAGGGUGGGGGCACCCUCAGGGCACUAUAGUGCCAGGAAAACGAGUAUGUUUUCCUGGCACUAUAGUGGUCCUUUAAGAAUGAGAAAUUGUACCUGCACUUUUUCAAGAUUAAAAUAACGAGAAUUACAUCUCCCUUUUAAAAGAGUCGGUGUUGGUCUUGAAUUAGCAUGAGAGGAACAAGACUAUUCAUAGCUUAAAUAUAGUAGUAAAUAGAUUGGCUUACAGAGUGGUACACUGACCAGUGAACAUACAAUCAAAUAUUUUCCAUGGGCUCAAGAGAGCAUUGAGUGAUAUGAAAGAAAUAAAAUUGAAAAUUAUCUAAAACAAAAAACCUCAACACUAAAAUGAACUGUGUGCAGAGCAAGUGGCCUGACAAAACAAUCCGACUCCCUGUUGGAAAAUGGCAUGAGACCAGGGAAGGACAGAGAUAGUGGAAACCCAUUGUUCCCUUAUCAUCAGGCCCAUCACCUGCAGGAAAGGGUCGACAAGCCUCCAGAUCAGGCAGGCAUAAACAUCGUGCUCCUCUUUUGGGGCGCUGUGGGCAUGCUGGAUUUUCCUAGAUCGAGAGCUGUGUCUGCUUUUAGUAGCUUUGUGGCAUCUCUGCCAUCUCCUCUAGACUCUCUUGGGGUGGAAGCAUUGCUGGUGUCAAAUUACUCUAGGUGUAGCCUGUAGAACGUUGACAUUCUCUGCCCAGUGUAAUUUUGCUCAUUGCCAGCAAACAAUGGGAACUCUGAGGCCUUCCCCAACAUCUACCUCGGUAAGUUGGCGUGAUGAGACCAAUCUCGCCACUGUGCAUUGGAGUAGCCUGGUUGCCUGCCUGCUGCCUUUUGACUGUGGACCGGCAUUUAAAUACUUUAUUUUCCUAUGCAGAAAGGUCUAUUCAUGUAUUUCUGCCCGGGCGUUCGGUAGAUUCUAUCUACCGAACAAACAGCCGUCUAUUGGCCUCCCAGGAGCCGUGGUUAGCUGGCAGGCGCCGUUAAUUGGCAGCCCAGAGGCCGUCGAGUGCCGCCAAUUGACUGCCCAGAAGCCACGGUUAGCUGCGGCUUAACGAGAGUUUGCCGUCAAUUGACCACCCAGUAGCUGCGUUUAACCGCAGCUUAAUUGACUAUACCGGGUGGCCGCGGCUAUGGUUACUGAACACUGGAUGGCAGCAGUCUGCAGUUCAGUUGGAGUUUUGCCUCUGCCCUUGGAGAUAAUUGGAUUACUUCCCAAUUAUCUCCAGGAUAGAGAGGAGGGAUUGUGAUGUCAUUGUAUGUUUUGAUUGGAUGUUCCACAAAACCCUGUGGGUGGGACUUUGUCUGUAAAAUGUGUAUAUAAGGCCAAUAAAGACACAGCUCAGUCUGAUCACUGCUUGACCCUCAACACGGAGCCUUGUCUCGUUCUUGGGGGGAUUUACUGUAUGCUGUUAGAGACUGAUUGCCAGGAGUGUAAGCCGCUUUCGUGCUUUUGCUGUUCAGCUGCUAGCAGCUAUUCAUGAGGUUCCAGUUCGGGGGUUUGGAGUGCUACUUUGUAUCCUGUUCGGGAGUUUGGGGUUCUGCGGUAGCUGUGCCUGUGUCUCUGGAAGGGGAAGAUCUUCUAAACGGCGGUUUAACCCCUUUUAUGUCUGAUGGUGCCGUUACAAUUGGUGGCAAGCGGCGGGAUCGAUCCUACAGCCAGAAGGACAGCUACAGGAGACACCAUUCCCUGGAUUUACAAAUUGAGGGCAACGCAUGUCUGAGUACAGCGACCCUGACGGCACCAGGAUGGAACCAGCAGUGGAGUACAGCUACUCUUUGGAGCAGUUUGACCUUAUGAUGUGGUUGCGGCUGAACUUCUACGGACCCAAUCCACAUGAGAAAUCCGUGAAGUUCGUAAGGAACCUGGUGUUCAGGACCCUGCAAUACCAGGCAGAGAGAGAGGGACGGCGGGCACGAUGGCUGGAACUCCACCUGCAGGUAUAUUGGCGGGACAGAGAGAGCCCAGUCUCGUCUCCUCAGCGGCAGGGUGAUCAGCAGGGAAUAGGGAGCCCAGUCUACAUUCGCCAGUGGCAGUGUGAUCUGCAGGGAAUUGGGAGCCCAGUCUCCAUUCCCCAGCGGCAGUGUGAUCUGCAGGGAAUUGGGAGCCCAGUCUCCAUUCCCCAGCGGCAGUGUGAUAUGCAGGGAAUAGGGAGCCCAGUCUCCAUUGCCCAGCAGCAGUGUGAUUUGCAGGGAACAGAGAGCCCAGUCUCCAUUGCCCAGCGGCAGUGUGAUUUGCAGGGAACAGAGAGCCCAGUCGCCUUUCCCCAGCGGCAGGCUGAGCUACAGGGGCAGAGACAGUCGGUCCUGUCCCCCAGCAGCAGAGUGUUUUAUUGGGAGAGGAGAGCCGUGUCCUCCCUCCCCAGCGGCAGAUGCAGCAGGGAAUUGAGAGCCCAGUCUCCUUUCCCCAGCAGCAGGACACUGUAUUGGGAGCGGAGACAGUCGGUCUCCCUCCCCAGCGGCUGGGAGUAUGUGCUUGAGGAGCUUGUUACCCCCUCUGCCCAGCGGCAGCUUAACGUACCAGAGGGAGACAGUAAGCCCCACAUCCGUGCAGAUGGGACCGUGGUCUCUGCACUUACAGCACAGGGGGUAGGGACAGUCGGUCCUGUCCCCCAGCAACAGGGCUGUUUAACCAAAGGGGAGACAGUCGGUCUCCCCCCACAGCAGCAUGGUGGUUUGUCCAAAGGGGAGACAGUUGGUCCCCCCCUUCAGCAACCAGGCUCUAACCAGGCUACUUCCGUGGUAGUGCUGGCACCAGGGCAGAGUACCGCUGGUCUCUGCCUACACAGCAACCACCAAGGCAGCCUACCAGUCCCCCACACAGCCGUGGUGAGGCACCUGGACAUGGACAAGUUUCUCCCUUACUAAAGUGUAGUAACCAUUUAUUGUGGGUGGGCUGUACUGCUGUUUCUGUUUUGUGGGUGGGCUGCUGGACUAACCAGGGCACUGACCGGCAGGAGGUCAGAUACCCUGUUAGUCUGUUUGGAAAAGGGGAGAGAUGUGACGAGACCAAUCUCGCCACUGUGCAUUGGAGGAGCCUGGUUGCCUGCCUGCUGCCUUUUGACUAUGGACCGGCAUUUAAAUACUUUAUUUUCCCAUACAGAAAGGUCUAUUCAUGUAUUUCUGCCCGGGCGUUCAGUAGAUUCUAUCUACUGAACAAACAGCCGUCUAUUGGCCUCCCAGGAGCCGCGGUUAGCUGGCAGGCGCUGUUAUUUGGCCGCUUAGAAGCCGGCGAGCGCCGCCAAUUGACCGCCCAGAAGCCGCUGUUAGCCGCUGCUUAACGAGCGUGUGCCGUCAAUUGAUCACCCAGUAGCUGCGGUUAACCGCAGCUUAAUUGACUAUACUGGGUGGCCGCGGCUACGCAUACUGAACACUGGAUGGCAGCAGUCUGCAGUUCACACGCGGCUGGUUCAUUCACGGAUUUACUGAAUGAACUCAUUUAACCCAGAUAGCUAUGCCAUGGAGCCUAUUCGUGUAAUAAAAGACUUUGGCUCCAUGGCAAUUGAACUGUAUGUGUGUGGUCUGAGCGCCAUUCAGUAAUAAUGUGCGCUCAGACCUAAGCUAUCUGGGAAUAUGUUGCAUGUCUGUUUUUUAUGUAAUAAAUGUAACCUUGUGUAUUUUAUUGUAUUUUACUGUCUUUUUACUGCCAUGUGCUUAAUGGAGUUUUGCCUCUGCCCUUGGAGAUAAUUGGAUCACUUCCCAAUUAUCUCCAGUAUAGAGAGGAGGGAUUGUGAUGUCAUUGUGGGAGUGUUUAUCUGUGUUGUAUGUUUUGAUUGGAUGUUCCACAAAACCCUGUCGGUGGGACUUUGUCUGUAAAAUGUGUAUAUAAGGCCAAUAAAGACACAGCUCAGUCUGAUCACUGCUUGACCCUCAACAUGGAGCCUUGUCUCGUUCUUGGGGGGAUUUACUGUAUGCUGUUAGAGACUGAUUGCCAAGGUGCUUUUCCUGUUCAGCUGCUAGCAGCUAUUCAUGAGGCUCCAGUUCGGGGGCUUGGAGUGCUACUUUGUAUCCUGUUCAGGAGUUUGGGGUUCUGCGGUAGCUGUGCUUGUGUCUCUGGAAGGGGAAGAUCUUCUAAAUGGCGGUUUAACCCCUUUUAUGCCUGGGGGUGCCGUUACAGUUGGGAAGUGGCGAUGUAAGGGAUUGUGGUGCUAUAGACCUAGAGAUAGGUUGCCCGAAGUUGGUAGCCAAUCUCUGCUAAAAUGGCCUAGUCUGUCAAAUUAUUUUAGUAAGUCCCACUUAGCGUGGACAGUAAUGUCAUGAUUAGACUAGUGGUGUGCUAAUGUUGGCCAGAAUCAACUCCAGCGCCCAAAAGGGGGGACAGAGCCUGCAGAAACGCAAGUGCAAGAAUGCUACAAAGCGAGGAAUAAUUCACCUUCCUCCCCCACCUCAAGUUGACCAGCAUAUCUCAGAGCAGUGACUGUUUAACAGUAGUUUAGUCUAAAAUAUGGAUAGGGGCUUAAUAUAUGAAAUAAGGACUUUAAGCUGACUACAUUAUACAUAGAAUAUGCUUUCCAAACUGAGUCUCAGAAAAUCAUAAGAGCUCCACCACUAUGUGACUAUCUCGGUUAGCAGCCAGGCUGCAUCCCUCAUCAGGGUCCUUUCUUGAGUGCAAAAAUCUUGCACUCUUUCUUGGAAAUCUGAAGCUGAGAUAUUGCAGCUGCACGUUGAGGACCGUAUCUUACAGACUACAAUUUUAACAUGCUUUGUAAAUGAGUCAAAGGGACAUUCCACUCCACUCCAAAUAAAAAAAUAAAUAAAAAUCACUCUUUAGAUACACUUCAGACAGGGCUUGCGCUAUCAUUGGGUGGCCCAGGUCGGUGCCUACGAGCUGCCUUGGGGGUGCAAAAUCCUGCUGACCGGCAUGAGAGGAGCACACAGCACAAGUGCUCCCUUCCAGCCACUCCUGUGUAGCAUGGCAGUGCCGCGGACUGGGGGAGAGGAGCUUCUGUAACCUCACCCUGGUCUGACAGGAAGAGCGCGCAAGGAGCGCUGAACUGCUUCUUGUCAGACCAGGGAGAGGUUACUGUAGCUCCUCUCCCUUGUUCCACAGCUCAGCCAUGCUACACAGGAGGAAGGUGAGUAGACACAUGAAAGGGGAAAGAGAGUGGGAGACACAUGGGGGGGAAGGGGGUAAAACACAUGCAUACUUAAAUGCAUGCAUGUUUGCAUCUCUGGUCAUGGGAGGUAUGAUGGUAGUCACCAUCACCUGGACCUUCAGACAGACUAUUUAUGUAGGUUGCUGGACUUUUCUUAUGUUUUAGUCACCCUGUACCAGUUAUAGGUGCAGGGUGUGUGUAAUGUAAUUGUUUAUAAUGUGUGUGUUUAUACUGUUAAAUGUUUUGCCUGCUCUCCUGUACUGCUGAGGAUUGCCACCAACUAGGUGAAUUUGGCUAUGGAGCCCGUGUAUUGCCCUCUAUUGGUAGCAACAGCAAUAUGCACUACCUGAAUAGCAAGGCUGGCUAAUUUGCAUAUUCGGGUAGAUUUGCAUGUUGCUAAUUCUGCAGGCAGGAGAGAGAUUGUCUGUUAAUUUUUGUCUUCCACACCCUUUUAUAAACGUGUCGCAUUAUAAUAAGUUGCUGUAUGUCGUCUGCUAUGCUUUGACGGUUUGUAUUUUUAUUGAGUUGUCACAGCAAUCUUUAUGUAAUAAUCAUAUGGGCUAGUCCCAAGAAAAAUUUAAGUCUUGUAUGCUUGUUCCUUUUAGAAUUUGUGUCCUAUGUAAAAAAACAAAAAGGAAGGGGGAAAUGAGACAGACAGGGGUUAUAUCUAGAAACUGCUUGCAAAUGCUACAGUUUUCUUGUCUUCUGCUUUUGCAAGCCAGAUUCUUCUUCCCCAGCUCAGAUGUGCCAGCUUAAUGUGGUUGUCCAAUCACAGACUUUCAAAUGAGAAGUUAUAAAAGGCAGGUGCUGUGGGCAAUUUCUCUGCCUCUUGAAAUUAGCUUCACUGAUCUACAUAAACCAGGAAGUAACAGGACCACUUGUCUGCUUGAAAGCCAGUGGAUGUAAUAAAAGUAAAUUUGGAAAAAUGGCAAUUUCUAUUGAAAUCUCUUCACACAUACAGCAUUCCAGCAAGCUAAACUUCUUAAGGAGUAUGGAGUGUUUAUUUUAAAUUGUGGUCUUGAAGUUUAUCUCAAAUGCUUUAAUGUGAUUAAACAGCACAUGCUUACCAGUUUAUCUUUUGAAUGAGGUUUCAUAUUUAAUUAAUUUACAAAGCUAAAGUGGGCCAACCACUUUGGAUGAUGGAACUCUGACACUGGCUUGCUUUUUGCUGUCAUGCACUGUUGAGUGGCAUUUUUCAGCUCCAGAAUCAUUUUGAGCACUUUUGUAUUCACAGGUAGCAUUAAAGGGUCUGGUACUUAUGUCUGGUACUUAGUGAUGUCCCGAACAGUUCGCCACGGACGGCGAACAUAUGCGGUAAACUUUGACCCUGUACCUCAGAGUCAGCAGACACAUUCCAGCCAAUCAGCAGCAGACCCUCCCUCCCAGACCCUCCCACCUCCUGGACAGCUCACUAAGCAUGCAGCUUCACAAUGAAUGUAAAAUGGAUGCUGUCCAGGAGGUGGGAGGGUCUGGGAGGGAGGGUCUGCUGCUGAUUGGCUGGAAUGUGUCUGCUGACUGUGAGGUACAGGGCCAAAGUUUACCGCAUAUGUUCGCCGUCUGCGGCGAACCGUUCGGGACAUCACUACUGGUACUUAUGUCUGGUAAAUGGGAGGCAUGGUUGUUAAUGCACUAAAUGUAACCCUUCUUUGCUAUUUUGUCCUUAAGCAUUCCAAGCGCACACAACAGAGUCCUGGAGAGCAAAAGAAGAACUCUCGUAAAAAACUAGGUAUGAAAUUUCUUUUCUAUAACUUUAAUUUUCCCAUAUUUAGUUAAAUUGCUUAGAUUUGUAUUAAUUUAACUGCAGGAACAGAAAGAAUAUAUAUAUAUAUAUAUAUAUAUAUAUAUAUAUAUAUAUAUAUAUAUAUAUAUAUAUAUAUAUAUAUAUAUAUAUAUAUACAUACAUACAUCGUGUGCAUUUAUAAUUGCUUGUGUGUUUACUGCAAUUGUGCAGUUUGUAGUAGGUUAUUAUCCAGGCUUAUAGGGAAACUAUAGUCACCUCCCCCCUCACGGUGCAGAAGGGGUUUAAAAAACCUUGUCACUUACCUGGGACCCGCGCUGAUGUCCAUUGACGCUGGCUCUGGUCCGCCUUCGCUCCUCCCACGCUGACAUCCCCCGCUGGUAGAUAGCCACUAGAGGAGGAGUUAACCCAUAAAGAUAAUUAUUGCAGUAAUUGCCUUUCCAGGGUUAAGGGUGCUGGGACACUGCACCCAGACCACUUCAAUGAGCUGAAGUGGUCUGGGUGCCUAUAGUGUCCCUUUAAAAUGUCAAGUCCUACAUUGUUAAUCAGGCCUUAAAAGUUACUUGCCAAUACAAGCUUGGAGAAGUCAUGGCAUACUUACCAAGGGGUGAAUUUUUACUCAUUAUUAUUAUUAUUGAUAUUUAUAUAGCGCCAACUAAUUCCACAGAGCCUUAAAAUAUUAUGGAAGGGGGGACAUUUACAAUAAAUGAGACAAUUACACAGUGACACAGGAACAAUAGGUAGAUGAGGACACUGCUCAAAUGAGCUUACUUGCUACUUGGCUAUGUAAUGAUAUUCUUGACCAUGUUCAAAUCCUGUGCAACUGCUAAUAAAGCAUGACAAAUUAAGAGAGCAUUCUUCUUAAGUAAAAUUGCACCUUUGAUUACAUUAUUGUUACAACAGUUUGUCAAACCCAUCUCUGAUAUCUCAAGUAAAGUAGGUUAGUCAGGGUCAUCUAAAGAAGUAGCCAUAACCAUAAUCUUAAAGGAUAACUGUCAUCUCAAAGCUAUUUUUUAAUCUAAUAAUGUUUUCAUCAAAUCUUAAAAGGAAAUCUAUUUUUUUUUUUAUUAAGUGUAUAUAAAAAAGUAAAAAUGAAAAACUCAUUGCUACCUUUAGAAUAUGACAGGAUCCUUCAGCCAUAUACAAGAAUCUUUGGUUGGACAGUGUUUGAAAGCCAGCAGUUAUUAGCUGCAAUCCUCCCCGCUUCACUCCCAGCACCCUGGGGCUCCUCCACGAUUUUGCCACAUCCAACAUGGCUGCUGCUUUCCACUGUUCCUGGAAGUCAGAAACAGCAGAGAUUGCGAGGCCACAAUCUUAAGCAUGGCGUCGGCCAUUUCAUGUUUGAGAAAUACUAUAGGAGGGCAGCAGGUUUUAUAACGAUUCCUCAACCUUGUGAAAACCUACAAAUCAAACAAACAAAGAUUGUGCACCAAUACAACUUUGUGCUUUGAGAUGACAGUUAUCCUUUAAGAUUAUGGUUAUGUCUACUUCUUUAGAUGACCCUGUGUGUAAUAUAUAUAUAUAUAUAUAUAUAUAUAUAUUUUUUAUUUUUAUUUUUUUUUUUCAUGUGAUCACAUCUAGAGGUUACCGAUCUUCUUAGGCGCAGUAUAUUCUUUGUUUGUUUCACUUGUUUGAGAGCAUUGACAGGAAGGUCGCGUGUAGGAAAGCUCAAAUUUUUUCAGGCUUAGCUAUUUUUAAAUCAGUAUUGUGCCCAAUCUGGCUUCACGUCGGAGGAAAAUUGUCUUGUUGUGCUGCUCUUUAGAUUAUCGCCCAAUGUGGCAUCUGUGGAUAGGUAUACACAGUUACACUGAUAGAGGCUCUAGUCUAGACUUAUGUUCAAGCUCCCUCCCCUCCCGUCUCCUUUUUUUUUUUUCCCCUCUAGCUCCUUUGAAGAUAAUUGUUCAAUUAAUAGGUGAGCAACUGUCAUCGCUACAAUUCACAUGAUACAUGCUACAUUUUCAUUGUAAAACACAGUAAGGUUUAUUGGCUGUGUUAUAUCUAAUCCAUUAAUCAUGACUGAAACCAUUUCUCACGGGGCCCUGUUUGUACCAUAUUGUGCUUUUGUUUUAAAACAUACAAAACAUUUUUAGCAAGGUCAAAUGCAUUAAAGUUGUAUUGGUGCACAGAGUGUUGCUUUAAUUUUACAGGGACAUUUUAGUCAAAAUUAUUUUGAAAACAGGGCAAUGGGUAAAUUUUAACCUCUUAUUUCUCUUUAAAUAUAUAUUUCCCUUUAGCUUUGUUGUAUACGACUAAGACUCUGUCUUUUUUAUUAUUUUUUUCAAAUUAAAAUGUUUGUGUAAAACAUUGACAAUGAAGUGGUAAUAGAUGUGCUAUAUUAGUAUUUUAGUAUUUAAGUUUCUUUUGAGAAAACAUUUGAUAUGUCCAUAUGUGUUCUAUCAGUUCAGUUUUAGGAUCAGCUUUUUCCUUUGUGGUUUUGCAUUACUCUUAUCUAUUUACCAUAAUAUCUUUCCAAAUGCAGGUCAUGCCCCUUCAGGAGGGAAAUCUGUUCAGCGGACUAGGGUUACAUUCCAGAAGCCACUUACAGUAGGGGUUCUAGAACAUGUAGAGAGCUGCAUGGAAACUGCCAUGUUGUGAGUGCUGCUUAUCAUGCCUGUCGGUUGUUUAUUAAGGGAAAAAAGGAUUUGGGAUGUUAGAAAAAAAAAAAGAUUUUGGUUUGUUUUCUUUUUCCAGGUCAGUCUUGAGUAGAAAAAUCUCUUUACGUCAGUUGAUCCAGGAGCAGCUAAUUUCCUUAACACAGCGGUAAGGUGACCACAGUCAUGCAUUCUUGGUGUAAGUCCUGUUAUACAACAUAAUGCUUUUAGUGUAAUGAAUAUAGACCAAAAAAAGCACUUCUAGGGAAAAUGUUUCAUGUUCACAUAAUUUAUCUGUCUUCCUCUGCUCCAGCAGCAUAAACUUCCAGUAGUAGGCAAAGAAGUACAUGUUCUUUAAGUUAUAUUUAACUUUUAUUUGAACUGUUUCUUUAGCAAAAGUUAGACUUGUAUUGUAAUCCACACACAAGCAAGUGUUUGUUUAUUCUCAAGGCAGUAUAUAAAUAGAUAAUAAAAAUGGCACUAAAUGAGUAUGGGCAAAAAUACAGAGAAGCAGAGUGAGUAUAGGUACAAUUACAUACCAGUAAUUGAUUUCACACAUGAUGUAUCAAAACACUGGAUUUUAAAGUGUUGCUACAAUUCCAUAAAACACUUUUUGUUGUAGUAACCCCUUCUGUGCUGGUCCACCAAAUCUCCUUAUGAAAGAAAGGCUUAAACUCACCUCUUUUCCCUUGAUGGAGGUGGGAGGGAGAGAAUGUGCGACCAUUGAAUGUCUGGCACAAGCAGUUGUGCACAGAACUGAAAUUAGCCAGCCCAGAGUUCUUGGCUGACUAAUGAUGCUGUUGUCAAUGGAGUUAUACCUCAGGCAGCAAGAGGGGUUAAUCUCUGUAUGUGCAGUGUUUCAAAUUAAAAUGCUGCAUAUACAAACUCUAGGCACCAUGACCACUUCAAAUGACUGUAGUUGUCAUGGUACUUGGAAUAACCCUUUAAUGACAAAAAAGAAAAAGAAAAAACAGAGCACAAUUAAAAAUAGUAAAAAAAAAAAAAAAAUUCUUGCAGACAACUUAAACAUAUAACUUAAAGGGGCACUAUAGGUACCAAACCAACUUUUUGUGUAUAGUUCUUGCCCCUGCAGUCAUAAUGCACAAUUCUCUGCCAUUUAGGCUUUAUGUCACUUCUGAAAGUCCACUUCUAGGGAGUGGCUGAUAUAUCAUAUCCCAGCCAACUUCUAUUCUUCCAAUGGAAGUAGCAUUGCACCUGUGUGAGUGGUGUCAUUAUCACACAAACAGAGCUUUUCCUGCUAUAGAAACUGCAAGCGAUUUCACUAGAACAGAGUCCUUACAGCAAUACUAAAUAUAUGUUCUGAAUUUAUCAGAAAGAUCUGAACGUACUAUAGUAUGUUCACUAAUCUGAUAAUACAAAAUAAGGAGUUAAUAUACCAGAAAAAAAACCUUUCCCCACUACCUCUACUUACAUGACAAAUUUUGCAUACUUUUUAUCUUAUUUUUUUUUCCCCUUAAAAGCUACAACUGAAAAAAGUUUAGUACAAUAGUGAUUAGUAAGAAAAAUUACCAAACUACAGUGGGGCAAUAAAUGAUCAAAGUUACCAUCCAUUCAUAAUGACAGUAAGCCGUCCAACACAUAAAAGUGACUGAUAUUAUCUUGCUUGCUGUGGUGAACUGUGGACCACUUGUGUUUGUACACAAAGUCUUUCCAAAGAUGUUACCAUCCUGCACAGUCCUGACUUCUGAAAUGUCGCACAACUUAACUCAAGACAAAGAUGUUGCUUGUUGGUGGUUUGUGAUAUAAUCAUUCACUGACCAUUACACAAGGAAUGGCGCACAAGGAGUUCUGACUUCUCAAAUGUGUCUUUGAGAGUCAGGCAAACACAGUCUGUGUGCCUCUUUUGUAGAAAUACAGUACUCUGAAGGAAAUAAAGUACUAAUAAAUUAGAACUUGAAACUCAAGCAUAUUGAAGACUGAAUAGUUUAAAGGCUUAAAAUAGUAAUGAGCUACAGUUAAUCUCUGUUCUAAAUAUUAAUCACUGAUGAGGUGUUUGAUUCCGGCCUUUAAGCUAUCAAGUCACUUGAAUUGAACCUUUAAUAUAAUUUUCCUUUGAUUUGAUACGUUGUUUUUAUGUUUUUAUCACGAUAAUGAAAACAUCUUUGUAUUGUUCCCUACAUGAAUCAGGUUCCUUCGUCAGUGUAAGAAUGCAAAAUUUCCCUCAACCAAACUGAAUAAUUUAAAGAGCCUGAAAAGAAAUUUGUUGCAGGAACAGAGGAUAACACAGGAACUAGAAGAAACAAUGCAUUCCUUGGAUGUAAGUAGAUAUCUAUUUAUUUGGGCUUGUCAUUGAAAAUUGAAAAUACAAGCUUGAACUAUGUUAGGGUGUAAUGACAUGUCCUUGUCCUACAAUUCCCCCUCAUGCAUAUUUCCAAUGACAGAUGUGACCAGGGGACUUACAUGACAACUAAGCCCGUCCCGAAAGAGCCAUCCGCCGCGGUCUGAAUCACAGAUACUGUGUCACAGCCAAUAAAUUUAAACAUUGCUGAUCAUUGACUCUGCCUCACUUUGAUCUGAGGCAAAAGAAACAGUGAGAUCAUUCUUAUGCAAAGUUCUAACAUUGUUAUAUAUUUAAAAAAAAAAAAUUAUUGGGGUGGUGAGGGGGAUUUGUUUUAACCCUUUCACUGCUGAUCAGUGUUAUUGUUAUUACAUAGUAACAUGGGCUGAAAAGAGACAUGCAUCCAUCAAUUUCAACUUUUCUCACGUGUGUUUGCUGUUGAUUCAAAAGAAGGCAAAAAAUCUGAGUGUGAAGCCAUUUCCCAUUUUGCAACAAACAAGGAUAUAAUUCCUUCUCGACCCUAGAAUGGCAGUCAGAUCUCACCUCAGAUAAAGAAGCUGUUACCCCACAUAUUUAAAAUUCUCAAGGCAGUAUAUAAAUACUUAAUAAAAAUGGCACUAAAUGAGUAUGGGCAAAAAUACAGAGAAGCAGAGUAUAGGUACAAUUACAUACCAGUAAUUUAUUUCAUACAUGAUGUAUCAAAAGACUGGAUUUUAAAGUGUUGCUCCAAUUAAAAACCAAGAAUUUUCAAGAAUUCAUCCAGUUUCUGUUUAAACAUCAGACUCUGAUAAAACCACCUUUUCAGGUAGAGAAUUACACAUCCUUAUUUCCUUUCUUCCAAUCUAAAUGCAGGACUUUGUGUCCUAUGGAAAGUCCUGUUGAUGAAUAGAUUUCCAGAUAAUGGUUUUUAUUGCUCCUGAAUUUAUUUGUAAUAUGUUAUCAUAUCUCCUUUGAGGUACUGUAUUUCUAAACUAAACAGAUUUAAAUAUGUUAACCUUUCUUCAGAACUUAAAUAUUUAAUAUCCUGUUAUUAAUGUUUGUGUCGUUUAUCUGGGGAAGAGAUGACCACAGAUACACUAUAGGAAGAAGGCAAGCAAGCAGAGGCAGGGUUAUGCUCUGGGUAAUGUUCUGCUUGGGCCCUGGUAUUUAUGUGCAUGUUACUUUGACCCAUAUCACCUAUCUAGGUAUAUCUAUUGCACAGUGAUUUAUAUAUUUAUUUAUUUGUAUUUCUGCAGUGGAGUGAAUACAAAAUGGAUCGGUGCGUGUUAUAGGGCGCUUAAAAACAGUAUUUUUAUUAUGUAGUUUUUCUAGCGUUUAUAGUCAGUCCCUGCAGGCCUUUUGCUGUAAACACUGCCUUUUCAGGGAAAGUACUACACAAUGGUGCCACACUGACGUGCAGCAUCUCUAUGCUCUGCAUGGAGACGCUGAACUUUCCCAAAAGAGAUACACUGAGUCAAUGCUUCUCUAUGAUGAUAUGCUGAUGGCCAGAAUGGCAUUUUGCCACAUGUGCACAUUAGCCUCCCAAUGCUUUCCUAUGGGAAAACAUUGGCUGAGAUUGUCAGUUUUGAUGAUCUUCGCUAAGGAGGAGGAGCGUGGGUGGUGCCAGUGGACUUGCAUGGCACUGAAAUAAAGGCAUGUUUUCAUUCUUCUUUGGGGGAGGGGGUGAAAGGGAGAGCCUGGAGGCUAAUGUGUUUUUAACACAAAAGGGUCACAAUAGGUUCAGGAACACAUAUUUGUUAUUUGUUGGCCCUUAGGGCCACCCGAUGGGCAAAUCACUGCGGAACCCCAAUUUUGUUCUCACGGAACCCUAGGGUUCCGCGGAACACCAAUUGGGAAACUCUAGUAUAGAGAGUUGUCAUUAAUGGUAAAAUUUCAUGCUGGACAAAAGUGGUAAGUGGUGUCCUCAGGGUUCUGUUCUCGGACUGCUUCUAUUUAACAUAUUAAAAAUUGUUUUGAAAUAGGCAUUGAAAGCCAUGUUUCAGUUUUUGCAGUUGACACAAAACUCUGUAAAGUAAUACAAUGUGAGCCGGAUAUUGCUUUCCUGCAGAGAAAAUUGGAAAAAUUGGGAGAAUGGGAGCUCAAAUGACAGAUGAAAUUUAAUGUAGAAAAAUGCAAAGUUCUUAUUCGGGGCGUACACCGAGGCGAACGUGUAUGUUUUCUGGGUUAUCGUUCCCUUCACAAAAAGGAAUAUGCCAUUUGGGUCUGCGAUUGUUUCGGAGUGUGUGAACUGUAGGUUGGUGUUUAAGAGGAUCGAGACACCUGCUUUCCGAGCAGUCGGGUGAUUACUGUGAAAGGUGGUAUGGUAGUGCUUGUUUCGUAGUCUGUGGUUAUCCACGUCCCUGAGGUGCGUUUCUUGUAGUAGGGCGAUAGAUACUUGGCGACGUUUGAGGUCCUGCAGUAAGUAUGCUCUUUUUUCGGGUGCGUUCAAGCCCCGGCAAUUUUGUGUAAUGAUAUGGAAGGGUGCGGCUGAAUAUGUCAUCCUGUAGGGGUGGGCCGGUAUCUUCCGUGUGUGUGUGGAUAGGGUCCUAUGGGCUUAGCUUCCAAGUUCUGUGUACUCUAUCUGGGUCAGUAUGCACUUAUUGGAGGGAGGGUGUUUCAGUCCGGGGGGGGGGGGAGGAGAGUCACCCGGGUGUGGCUCCCUGAUCUCUGCGGGUGGUAGCUGUGCCAAAGGUCGAGUGUCGUGAGUAGGGGGUGGGGCGGGAUGGCGGUCGGGUAGUGAGGUGAGUUAGUGGGUAUAGGUGGAGGGGGAGGGGUGCUGCCCCAGAGCCCCUGUGACUCGGCCUCUUGCCUGCUUCCACUAGGUGUUGGCUGGCUAAGGGUUUCUCCUGGUAGGCUUUUUAAAAGAGCCUUGCUGUUUGCGAGUUUAUUUACUGGUGUCUAGUGGUGUUUCGGGGUCGUUCCCUAUGCCGGUGUUCUCAGUGAAUGAGGAGUACCUGUGUAACUGGGUUGGUUAACAAAGCCAAACCGCCACUUAGUGUAUACUAGGGCGUCAGGGCAGUGUUCCCCCCAGUAGUCUAUGUAUACACAGGAUUGGGUCGGGGUCGUGGCCUCCUAACCGUUUACGUCUUCCACUUAAUAUGUGGAGAGUUGGUUGAGGUAGAGAUUGUGGUCUGGUAUCGUCAGCCGUCCUGGGUCUCCCGUCUCAAUUGCGUUCGGUUGUAUUUGUUACGCUAAGUCGCUAUAUAAGUCUGGUCUUGGUUUGGGUGGUAUGAGUUCUCCCCUCGUGUGCUCCCUGGGCUCUCCUCAGUCUUCCCAGGUGUGGUCUCAUGGCGUCUUGUCUUUGUGAUCACAUGGGCGUUUGUGGUGGGUAUACGGCUGAAGUGGCUCGUCACCAUCAUCUGCUACGUUCGGGUGGUCCCGUGAGCUAAGUCCUGACCAGUUGGUGGCAAUGCUUCUCGUGAAGGGGGGUCCACGGGGGGGGGUGGUAGAGGUCUUCUAUAAAAUAUUUGUCGUUUAGGCAUUCUGCGGUGCAUGGGGGUUGCCAUUAUAAGUACUGUUCCUAGCCCCCUGCCACCGCCAAUUCCGCAUUCGCUGCGGCCUACCCUCUACCUAUGGCAUCUCCUUUCGUCUAUCGCCGGGUUUUGUAGCUACCAAUUUCUCCCCUCGUCCAGCUCCGUCCCACCCAUGUCUAAUCGGGGCCUCCCCAUUGACCUGUACACGUGGUGAUUCAUCCCAUCCCCGUCUCUUUCUCAAACGGUAUGGGUGUCCAUAUAGCUAUAUUAUGCAGGUCUUUCGUGUUUAGGUAGGUUGUCACAUGGGGCAGGUGUCUAGCGUCAGGAUUUGAGUUGUGGUCAGGUCAUCAGAGGAGUGGGCCCAACCUGCUGUGUGCUUGCCUUGUCAGAACGUGGUUCACCCUGCAAUCAGUAUGUGGGUCUUAUACAAUUCACUGAGUCUAACGUGCAACAUUUGGGAACCUUAUAACAUUAAAACAUUUAAACAUUUUCCCCUUUUGCGCCCCCCAGUGCGCUUGUCCAUUUGUUCGGAUAUGGGUAAUGACCCAGAGCAGUGUCCCAACUCCAUCCCUGCAUCCCCUCCACCCUAAAUGUAGUGUUAUCCCGGUAGCCCCACAUUAAGUGCGGUAUUCCCCGACAUUUAGUCCCAGGUUCCGUAUGUGCGUGGUGGAUAGCGUAGUACUUAUCUGGGUACUGGGGAUCACUUCCUGCCUCCGGUGUCGGUAGAGUCUGCAAUCUUAUUGGGCCCGCAACAGUCUAUCCCGUGAGGGGGGUGGAGGGGUCCUCCUUGUUGGGGCGGGUGUGCCCCUCUGCCGUUAUUCUUCCGGUUCUGCAGGGUCCAGGUGUCUGCGUGCAGUUGGCCGCCUCGGUGAGUCCCCUCUGCGGCGGCGCUGUGGUCUCGGUGUUGGAGGCCUUGGCCGUUGCUCUAGCGGUCCGAGGACCCAGUCCGUUAUCUCCGUGGGCGGUAGUUCCAGGCGGUGUAGGAAUCCCGGGCUUUCCUCCAGCCAGCGCAGGGAUACCCAUUCGUUCUGGUGUCUUGCGAGUAGGGCAAAGGGAAAACCCCACUUGUAGGGGAUAUUUCUCUCUCUGAGAAGGGCCGUGACGGGACGUAAGGCCCUGCGCGCUUCUAGCGAGAGCGGUGACAGAUCUUGGAACGAGGCCACAUCAGCUCCACGGAAUCUCCACAGCGGUCUCGUGCGGGCUUUCUGCAUUAUUCGUUCCUUGUGCUUAUAGUGGUGGAGGCAGCAUAUGUUGUCUCGUGGUGUGCCAUCCGGUAUCCUGGGCCUGUUUGCCCUGUGAGCCCUGUCAAACGUCAGGUCGGCAGGUAAGUCUUCCCCUAAGAUGGCCUGGAAGAGGGCCUUCAGUGUGGCCUCAAUAUCUUCCUCCGCCCUGUGGUUCGGGUAGGCCGCGCACUCGGAUGUUUGAGCGGCGGCCUCUAUUGUCCAGAUCUUCUGUUUGCCGUCGUAGGGCUAGCAACAUGUUUCCCUGUCUGGUGACCGCUGUGGUUGUGGUUCCCGUUCUCCCCAUAGCCUCCUGCAUAUUCCCCUCUAGUGUUUGCCGCUGUGUGCAGUCAUUUCAGCCCUCAGGGCUGUUACCCCUAGGCGGAUCGCCGCUUGGAGGUCCGUUUUCGUGACCAUUUGUGCGGCCAGCGCUCUGAUAUCCGCACUGAUAUCUGUUAGUGUGGGGCCGGCUGUCUCUGGGGGUUGCACGUGGUGCGGCGAGUCGGCCAUUGUUGUGCCUGCCUGCUCGCGGGAUGCGGUUGCCAGAGCCUGCAGGUAAUCGUCCAUGGGACCUGCCUGGGAGCUUGUAAGGUUGCUCCGGGGUGUUUGGGAGCCGUCCGGGCGUUUUGUGCGUCCCAUUUCCGACCCUACCUGCUCGUUUAGCGUGCUGAAUUUAGCUUUGGGAGACGGAGCUCUCAGUUUAGGCUUCCAUUCUCCUCGGUGUCCAGGCCACGCCCCCCCAGGUUUUUAGUCCAAUACUUCCAAAACAGCCUAGUUAUACAUAAAAUAGAAUUGGUUCACUUCAUGUUAUUUAGAAAAAUCCAUAAACCCCCACAAGACCACAGAAAUCAAUUUGCUUGUAUAUUAUUGUUCUAUAGAGAAAACGCAGAACAUGUUUCCAAAUAAAAUCUACACAUAUAUUUCCCGAAAAAUGCAAAGUUAUGCACUUUGGGGUAAAGAAUGUGCAAGCAAUUUAGACCCUAAAUGGUAGUGAAUUAGGAUUAACACGCAAGGAGGAUUUGGGAAUUGCUAUAGACCACAAACUAGGCAACAAUUUGCAAUGUCAAUCAGCCGUUGCCAAGGCCAGUAAGGCAUUAUGUUGUAUAAAUAGGGGCAUUAAUUCUCAGAAUGAAAAUAUAAUUUUGCCUCUUCAUACAUUACUGGUAAAAUGACACCUUAAAUAUGCUGUGCAAUUUUUUGAACCUUUUCUAAAGAAGGAUGUUAUGGCACCAACAGCUUUGCGACAUGAAGACGCGCUGGUUGUUUGAUACACUGACAAAAAAAAUGUGUACAUGCUCUCCACAUUGCAUGAUCAGGGCCGGCCUUAGGGGUGUGCGAGCUGUGCGGCCGCACAGGGCGCCAUGGGAGCAGGGGGCGUCAUGCGGCCUACACAGCUCACACAUGGCCACCGGGAUUAUAAAAAAAAAAGCGGAGCUAAACUGGCAGCGGGGGCAGGGUUAAUAGUGCCAAGUAACUGCUGCAGGGGAAGCAGAAAGGAGUCCCUGCUUCCCCAACAACCAGUUUCCAGGAGCUGCACUGCCUCCACUCCUCCAUACUGAAUAGAGGUAGCUAUGUGUGAUCGUCUGCCUCCGUGUGUGUGGCUGUCUGUGUGUUUGACUGUCUGCCUGUGUGUGUGACUGUCUGCCUGUGUGUGUCUGCGUGUGUGUGUGUGCGCGCGUGUCUGUCUGCGUGUGUGUGUGUCUGUGUGUAUGACUGUGUGUGUGUGUGGCUGUCUGUGUGUGUGUGUGAUUGUGUGACUGUCUACAUGUAAGUAUGUGUGUGUAAGAAUGUGUGUGUGGCUGUCUGCCUGUAAUUUUGUGUAAGUGUGUUUAUCUGCCUGUACCUGUGUGUUUCUGCCUGAUCCUGUGUAUGUGACUAUCUGCCUGCGACUGUGUGCAUGUGGUGGAUUUGACAGUGAAUAUGUAUAACUGUGUGCAUCUGACUGUGGGACUGUGGGACUGUGUGCACAUAACUCUGCAAAAAUAUACACCUGCAUUCACACAUAGGCUUAAAUGCAUAUUUUUAUCUGAAUUAAAUACCCAUCACACACAGCCAAUAAACCCAGCACAAAUAUCACACACAGCCAACACAUAGCUUACAUGUCACACACAGUCAUCACACCUAUCACAUACACAGACAACACAAACAUUACAUCAUAUUAUAGUGAGAUGUAUUACAGUGGAGCUCUGGUAUAUAAAAUGCACAUUACUCUGUGUUUUAUAGUUGGGGAUCUCGGUGAUAAACUAAUAGACACAUUACUUAGUUGUAUUGUUGUUUAGUGUAUGAUCUUGUCACAGAGCUCCACAUUACUGGGAGUUCUAUUGUUGUGGAGCACUGUGAUAAAUGGAGAAGUAGCGCAUUACUACAAAUUUUUAUUCCAAAGAGGUCAAGGUAAAUAAGUAUAAUCCAGAGCUCCAAAGCAAAACCACUCACAGUAUUAUGUGACAUACUUAGUCUGCUCCUCUGUAACGUAGGGUCUGGCACUUCUGGCCUGCACUUCUGUUGGCUGCAGACCAUAAGUAGCUGUCUUCCUAGCUCGGGAUAAUCAGAGCGCUGCCGCAGAUUACCAGAGGACACUGGAAGUCCCUGAGCUUGUGAGACAGUUACGCAUGGUCUGUACCAAGUGGAGGGGCAGACCAGAUUCAGAUCAGCAUGCCCCUCUCCCAACUAGGUAACAACAGGAAAGGAGGAAUUAAUAUUUGUUUUUAAAUCAUUAUUAAUUUAAUAACUCCCCUAUACAAUCACUACACUCCUAUACACACACACACUAUACAUGGAUGACGGGGGCGAGGGGGUGCUGUGAAGAUUUUUCGCACAGGGCGCUCAAAGGCCGGCCCUGUGCAUGAUGAAAGUAAAGUACCAGUGUGCAUCAGGAGAGAGGAUGCACAAAUCCAAAAACCAAAGUGCACUGCUGAGUACAGCAAAUAUGUGUGUGGGGGGGAGUAGAUUUUGUUGUUCAUUGCAUACAACCAUGUCUGAUUCACCAAAACCUGGUAUAAAAAAAUUGUACUGAAUGCAGUGUGUAGUCUAUAAUUUGUACGUGCUGUACAAAAAAACACACAAAAAAAACCCAGGAGCUAAUAACAAAGAACUGUAUCCACUCUCAGCAACAAAUUAAUUUGAUGAAUGAAAUAAAACCUGUUUUUAAUCUAGUGUAUGCAAAAUCUAUCACUUGCUUUUACCCAAGAAAAAAAGCAAGUAAAUGAUAGUUUGCAAACAUGCAUCCUACUGCAGGGCUUGACAAAUUUGUUUGAAAUCUAGGAGCUAGCUAAAAAAGUUAGGAGCCAGAUUUUUUUAAAACAAGCGAAGUUUAAUUUACGAGAUAUAUACAAUUUUUCUUAAAGGGACACUAUAGUCACCAGAUUACAUUGCUGCCUAGUAACAACUUUAGUGACAGUCACUCAGACGCCACUCGACAGCCCUGUGUUAGUGCUGACAGUGUGCAGCGUCUCCACGCUCUGCAUGGAGGUGUUGAAUGUUAUAUAUAGAAAACAUGUGCAAUAUCCUCCCAAUGCUUUCCCAUAGGAAAGUAUUGGUUUAGCGGAGAUCUUAAAGAUUGAUUAUCUCACCCAUGAAGGCAGGACAAGCCGGGGAAAACUGACAUGACGUGGGAAAGAAGGUGCGUAAAAACACCUCUCUCGUGAUCGGCGGGGUGCAGGUACCUAAACAGACACAAGAAGACACUCUGACACUGAGACACACAAACACACUGACAGAAGCGCGCACACUGACGGAGACAGGGGCGCGCACACACUGACCGAGAGGCGCGCUCACACACACACACACACAUACUGACGAAGAGAGACACACACUCUGACAGAGAGAGAAAGAGACACACACACACACACAUUUUCCAUUUUAAUGUGAAUCCACCCAGCCUCCUUACCUUUGGAAAAAGCAAAACUCAAUCAAAUGGAUCCAAUUUCACCCCACAGGGGCUCAUUAAACUUGAGCUUAUAUAGAGGGAAAAGCCCCUAUAAGGGAUUUAUGCAUGCUUAGUCAGAAUGCUCCAAUUGGUUGUGUGGGAAUUUUAUUGUGUUGGCUUUUUUUAUGUGAUGUGAUCUACUUUUUUUUAUUUUAUUUUUUUUAAUUAUUUAAAUUUUUAUUGUUUUCUCUCUUUGCAAACUGAAUGUUUAUAUUGUACAACGAAAUUAGAUGUCAUCUUUACACAGCAUUAGUAUAAUUCAAAGUGUUUCCAGAUAAUAGUAACAUACAGCAUCUGAAAGUACAUCAAGUUGCAUAGGUGAUACACAGUUAUCAUGGGGGAGGAGAUAUUAAUCACUUGUUACACUAGGCAGUUGGAAGUAUUUGUUGACUCUUUAUCGCGUACAUUGAAUCCGCCAUAUGUCUCAACUGUACUUCUAUGUCAUGCAGGAUUUGCAAAGUGACCGUGCUGUCGAAUAAAGUGUAUGCAAAAUGUGGUACAAUAACCAAUGUAAAAGCAACCGUAGGAGUUAAUUUUGGUAAUUGAUACUAUCAUACGAUACAAAAUAGUCACACAGUGAGUCGCAGGACUUUGGGUCAUGGAGGUCUGGGCGUCUGGGAGUUAGGUUGGAUAGGCCGACCUCAGUAAGGGUGUGGAUGUCGGGACAUCGUGGUCCUCAGUAUGGGCCCUGGUAAGAGCCGUUGAGUGUUUCUUGAUUUUGUAGGGCGUUUAGGUUCGUUAGUGCAUACCUACUUAGUCACCUUGAUUCGUCCAGGUCAGUUCCCGGUUCCCCCCGCGCACCCGGGCGCCCAUGGUCCCCCCGGUGUCCCCCUCCCCCCACCUCUCAUCCUCUGUCUCGGGAAGAGUAAUGUGUAUUGGCUAUCGUGCCUCUAGUGUCAUGAAUGCAUUCCACGGAGCCCAGGUUUUGGUGAAUUUUGCGUAAUUCCCUAUUUUAGCUUGUACUGUUCCUUCUAAUUGUUUCGUGUCCUCCACCCUUUGGAUCCAUUCCCUAAGGGAGGGAAUGGUAGGCUGCUUCCAAUAUUUAGGAACCAGUUGCGCCGCAGCCAUGGCCAGAUGAAAGAAGAGUGCUGUAUGUGGUUUUGAUAGACCUUGAGGGGGUAAUAGAAAAAUGUAUUGAUCUGGCGCUAAAGGAAAGUUGGCCUGAAGUAUGCUGAGAAUGACCGUGUGAAUUCUGUCCCAGAAUUUCGCUAUUUGCGGGCAUUGCCACCAUAUGUGGGCAUGGUGUGCUCCUGAUUGCUCGCAUCUCCAACAUUUGUCUGUGGACGUGUUAUGAAUUGUGCGGAUUCUCGCCGGAGUAUAGUGCCAGCGUGUUAUGCGUUUAAAAUUACUCUCUUGUGCUGUCAACGAUAUAGUGGUCUUAUGUGUUGCUUUAAGGAUGGAUUGCCACUGUGGUUGUGUAAACUCUCUUUUAAGUUCCUCUGACCAUUUAGCUGUAAAGCUUGGUAGGUUAGGUGCUUGUGAAUCCCUGAUUAGUGUGUACAUAGCAGAUAAAACUUUCUUGGAGACCGGGUGAGUGGAACACAACUGUUCGAACUUUGUCAGGGGCCUGUCCCCUCCGGGUAGUAGGUUGUGCGUCUUGACAAAGUGUGUCAGUUGGUGGUAAUGUAGUCAUUGUAAUAUUGUCGGGGCGUCAGUCUGUAAGAUGUGGUUCAGAGUUUUAACCCUACCAUCUUGGACCACGUCACUCAGUUUUAGUGUCGAGCUUGUGUGAUAUAGCUCGAAGGAUGUGCCUGAGUUCCCUUGUUGGAAGUGAGGAUUAUGCGUGAUUGGGUAUUGUGGGGAUGGGGUUGGAGAAAGGGCUAGAGUUUGUCUAAGCCUAUGCCAAAUUUUGAGAGUUGUGCCAAUUGUUGGGUGUCCCUGGUAAAGUUCCUUUCUGGGGGGGGGAGAUUCGGGGUUCAUCCAGACUCUGCUAGUUAAUGGAAUCCUAGAGAAGGCGGUCUCUAGCAUCGCCCAUUGAUGGGUGUGUUCGUGUCUUGUCCAUUCAUAAACCCUCUGUAGGUGUAUUGCCUGAUGGUAGAUUUCAAUAUCGGGGAGAUUUACCCCUCCUCUUUCCUUAGUCCUAGUCAGGGUAUUGUAGGCUAAACGAGUGUGCCCAGAUAUAUUUCGUGAACAUGGACCUAAUCGUGUUAAAGAAAGCGCGAGGGAUUGCGACCGGGAGAGUCUGUAGGAGAUACAUAAUACGAGGUAGAAUGUUCAUUUUAAGUACAUUGUUCCUGCAUAGCCAGCCGAAGCAGGGCCUGUGCCAUGUUUGGAGAUCUUUGGUAAUAUCUGCCACUGGUGGAGGGAAGUUUAGUGUAUAAAUCGUCCCUAGUCUAUUUGGGAUGUGGACCCCUAAGUAUUUAAUUGAUCGUGGUGCCCAAUUGAAUUUGAAUUUAGACUGUAGUAUUGAGUCUGUGGGUUUUGCGGUGUGUAUUGGUAAAAGAUCACAUUUGGUUAGAUUUGCCUGGAAAUUGGAGACUUUCCCGUAUGCUUCCAUUUCUGCUAUUACCUGGGGCAGUGUCGAGAGCGGGUUCGCAAUUGUGAACAACAGGUCAUCGGCAAACGCCGAGACUUUGUACUCAUGCUUGUCUACUACAUAGCCUCGUAUGUUGUUGUCUCUAAUGCCCUGGAGGAACGGUUCUAGGAUUAGUAUGAAAAGAAUGGGGGAGAGAGGGCAGCCCUGUCUCGUCCCAUUGGUGAUGGUUACUGGAUGUGAAAGCUGACCAUUGACCCUAAGUCUGGCAGUCGGUGAGGAGUAAAUUGCAUCCAACCAUUCUUGCCAGCGGGGGCCAAAGCCUAAUUGCCUCAUUGUUUGUUUUAAGAGUGCCCAGCUAACUCUAUCGAAUGCUUUCUCUGCGUCGAUAGCUAAUAGAAUGCUUUCAAUUUUGUGUGUUUGUGCCCAAUGCACCAGGUUAAUUAUUUUAGUUGUGUUAUGUUUUGCUUCCCUACACGGGACAAACCCCGCCUGAUCUUUGCAAAUUAGGCCCGGCAGAUAAGGCUUCAGCCUGGUGGCCAUGAUUUUGGUGAGAAUUUUUAAAUCUGCAUUUAUCAACGAGAUGGGUCUGUAAUUGCCACAGGACGAGGGGUCUUUCCCCGGUUUGGGUAUUAGGGUAAUGGUUGCUUCUAGGGCUGACUUAGGUAUUUUCGUCGAUAGCUUGUGGUCAUUAAAUGCAUUCACAAAGGGCUGCGCUAGUGUUUGGGCUAAUAAUUUGUAGUAUUUCCCAGUGAAUCCGUCUGGGCCUGGGCUUUUACCUAUGGGGAUGGUCUUAACCACCUGUUGAAAUUCUUCAACCGUUAUGGGUUCAUCAAGGAAAGCCCUGUCUAUAGAUGGCAGUGUGUGUUUUAUUCUGGGUGCUAAGAAGUCUAUUAUGUCUUGUGUGGUUGGUUGGGUGGAUUUCAGGUUAUAUAGGUGAGUGUAGAAUUUAUGGAAUGCUUCCAGUAUGUCUGGCAUGUGGCAUGUGGUAGUACCGUCCUCCGUUUUGAUUUCGGAGAUGAAGCUGGAUUGUCUGACUGCCUGUAGUGUUUGCGCGAGCAGCUUCCCCGCUUUACCUCCCUGUGCGUAGUAUGAGCUUUUUGUGAGCAAGAGUUUCCGUUUAGCAUGUAAUGUCAGGAGUGUCGUUAGUUCCGACCUUUUAUUGAGUAGGAGAUUAUAGUUUUCAAGAGAGGAGGUACCCUGAUGGGAAGUUUCCAUAGCUUUUAUGUCUUUAGUUAGUUGGAUGAUCGUUUGUUCCCUCUUACGUUUGAGUGUCGAUGCUAAUCGAAUCAGUUCACCCCUAAGGACUGCCUUAUGAGCCUCCCAUGUCAUAAUCGGGGUCGUGUCCUGAGUGGAGUUUUCUUUAAAGUAGUUUGUGGCGGCUACUUUUAUUUGGUUGAUGGCCUCCUUAUUAUUCAAUAUUAGGUCAUUGAGUUUCCAUUGGGCUGUGGGGUUAGGCAUGGAGGGUAUGGACAGCCUAAGUGUGAGUGGCGCAUGGUCCGACCACGUGAUUGGUCCGUAUGAGGCCGUGUUGAUCAAGGGUAGAUGUCUGUGGUGGAGGAAGAUUGUGUCGAUACGUGAGUAGGUACCCGUGGGUGCGGAGUAGAACGAAUAGUCUUUUUUCGUGGGGUUAACUGCUCUCCAGCUAUCAUAUAGUUGGGCAUUGUGCAGUGUGUUUUUCAUUUGUAAUCUUGACUGUGUUAGGUAACUCUGGGAGGCAGAGGUAGUAUCUAGGUCUACAUCUAAUGAGAUGUUGAUGUCUCCCCCUAUUAUAAGAAUCCCCUCAUAGAAGUUGUUUAAUUUGCGCAGUAUCUUGUUGAGGGCGUGAGAUUGUUUCUUGUUGGGCAAAUAGAUGUUUGCUAGAGUGAUUUGGGCGUUCCCUAUUUUCCCUUUCACGAAAAUGUACCUGCCUGCAUCAUCUACCUGUUGAUCCUGGUGUGUGAAUUGCGUCUGUCGGCUCACUAAUAUAGCCACCCCCCGUGCCUUAGCUUCUGUGUAGUGGCUGAAGUAUCCUCUCGGAUAGUCCCUGUUUUGGAGUCUAGGGGGGGCAUCCUUACGGAAGUGUGUUUCCUGCACGAAAACAAAGUUCGCCUUACAGGGAGUGCCGAAUUAUUAGGCAAAUGAGUAUUUUGACCACAUCAUCCUCUUUAUGCAUGUUGUCUUACUCCAAGCUGUAUAGGCUCGAAAGCCUACUACCAAUUAAGCAUAUUAGGUGAUGUGCAUCUCUUUAAUGAGAAGGGGUGUGGUCUAAUGACAUCAACACCCUAUAUCAGGUGUGCAUAAUUAUUAGGCAACUUCCUUUCCUUUGGCAAAAUGGGUCAAAAGAAGGACUUGACAGGCUCAGAAAAGUCAAAAAUAGUGAGAUAUCUUGCAGAGGGAUGCAGCACUCUUAAAAUUGCAAAGCUUCUGAAGCGUGAUCAUCGAACAAUCAAGCGUUUCAUUCAAAAUAGUCAACAGGGUCGCAAGAAGCGUGUGGAAAAACCAAGGCGCAAAAUAACUGCCCAUGAACUGAGAAAAGUCAAGCGUGCAGCUGCCACGAUGCCACUUGCCACCAGUUUGGCCAUAUUUCAGAGCUGCAACAUCACUGGAGUGCCCAAAAGCACAAGGUGUGCAAUACUCAGAGACAUGGCCAAGGUAAGAAAGGCUGAAAGGCGACCACCACUGAACAAGACACACAAGCUGAAACGUCAAGACUGGGCCAAGAAAUAUCUCAAGACUGAUUUUUCUAAGGUUUUAUGGACUGAUGAAAUGAGAGUGAGUCUUGAUGGGCCAGAUGGAUGGGCCUGUGGCUGGAUUGGUAAAGGGCAGAGAGCUCCAGUCCGACUCAGACGCCAGCAAGGUGGAGGUGGAUGAGCUUGUGGGGCCUUUUCGGGUUGAGGAUGAAGUCAAGCUCAACUCCCAGUCCUACUGCCAGUUCCUGGAAGACACCUUCUUCAAGCAGUGGUACAGGAAGAAGUCUGCAUCCUUCAAGAAAAACAUGAUUUUCAUGCAGGACAAUGCUCCAUCACACGCGUCCAAGUACUCCACAGCGUGGCUGGCAAGAAAGGGUAUAAAAGAAGAAAAUCUAAUGACAUGGCCUCCUUGUUCACCUGAUCUGAACCCCAUUGAGAACCUGUGGUCCAACAUCAAAUGUGAGAUUUACAAGGAGGGAAAACAGUACACCUUUCUGAACAGUGUCUGGGAGGCUGUGGUUGCUGCUGCACGCAAUGUUGAUGGUGAACAGAUCAAAACACUGACAGAAUCCAUGGAUGGCAUGCUUUUGAGUGUCCUUGCAAAGAAAGGUGGCUAUAUUGGUCACUGAUUUGUUUUGUUUUUGAAUGUCAGAAAUGUAUAUUUGUGAAUGUUGAGAUGUUAUAUUGGUUUCACUGGUAAUAAUAAAUAAUUGAAAUGGGUAUAUAUUUGUUUUUUGUUAAGUUGCCUAAUAAUUAUGCACAGUAAUAGUCACCUGCACACACAGAUAUCCCCUAACAUAGCUAAAACUAAAAACAAACUAAAAACUACUUCCAAAAAUAUUCAGCUUUGAUAUUAAUGAGUUUUUUGGGUUCAUUGAGAACAUGGUUGUUGUUCAAUAAUAAAAUUAAUCCUCAAAAAUACAACUUGCCUAAUAAUUCUGCACUCCCUGUAUGUCGUUGGAAGUCAGUUAGUGCUAUUGUCCUUUUUUCUGGGAUAUUUAGUCCUUUAGCAUUUUGGGAGACGACUAUUAUGGUGGACAUCUCUGCCGUGUGUUUGACUCGUUUGGGGCGAAAUUAGGCGGAGCAGUGUGUUGCUUAUGUUCAAUGGGUUGUGUUGUAUGAGUGAGUUGGAGCCUCUGUCAGACUUACCCCGUGAGAGUUUCAGGGAGUGUGUGGGGCAAUGGGUGGUGCCUGUUACCUCGUUCCAGGACGUGUCAGCAGAGAGAGUGGGGUUCCUCCCAGGCCCACCCUGGGCGCCCGGUUGCGCAGCCAACCCAGUCCUCCCAGUUGUGGUCCGGUCUUAGUCUUAGAGGAGUCUGUGCUUGGUUUAAGCGUUCGUUUUGGGUCCUUCGUCUGGUACCACUUAAUCCUUAAUGCAUAUACAAUACAAGAUAUAAGUGAAAUUAAAAGUAAACAACAAUGUCAAUAACAAGAUAAUUGAAACAAAGCAACUAGGGUGUUCCCUGUAUUUGCUAUAUCAUUAGUGCUGUAUUAUCCCUAUACAUCCACUCGAGAUGGUUAUAUUAUUACAAGAUAUGUGUCUGCGUGAAUUGUGUGAUGUCUAUCUAGGGGAGUAUACUCCUUAUUGUUCAGUGCUACUAGGGGUGGCGUAUAGACGUUCUCCUCCAGGGGAGGGUGUGAUAAUGUUUCCCUUAAGGGGAAUUUAGUCCUGUCUCGUCUCUGGAGACAGUACCGUGUGAAAAAUGGGGUUGUGUGCGUCGGGUAUAUACCUAGGACCCGGGACUUAUUGAUCCUAUUCACUUAGUAUACCUUUAGGAGAAGAGGUCCUGAGACCUAUUUCUUGGGGCGUGUGCGAUAUGUGGGUACAGGGAAGUCUAUCUAGGGGAGUCAGUCCCCAAGCCGAUUCCGGCUUGAGGAGGACGUACCAGCUACCCAGGAGCCCCUCCCUCAAGUUUGUAUUAUAUCUCGACCUUAUUGUUACGUAGUGGUCACUUAGUUAUCUAUGUACAUGGUUUACCUUUUUUUUUUUUUUUUUAUAUAAUUAGUAUAGAGAUCCCUUCUAGUUGCUAUCAUCUCUGCACUUUAAUACUCGGGGCCGACUCUUGUGUCUAGAUAUGCCUAUGGUUUGACCUUAUCUAUCUUUAGCGGCUAGCCCUGGCUUCAAAUGGCUCCCCUAUGGUUAAGUCUCGGUGUUGCUUCUGAUAUCUUAAUAUGCAGUGAUCGCUUUUAGGAUCUCUGAACAGGGGGUAUAACGGAGUCAUCGCUUAGGUACUAAGCUCGACCUAACAACUCUCAGUGUAGAAAAUAGGCAGUUAUUUGAGACAUAAGUAAAACCAUGCUAUGUGUGUCGUUAGGCUUGAGAGGCUCAGUUCAUUAUCUACAAUGUCUUUGCGUAUACGACCUGCGGAAGAGAUAUCAGUCUCUUUUCCGAUUUGGAAUGUCAAACAUCGAGUCGCCCCAAACAUCUCUUAACUUGCUGUGGUGGAGGCUGCCAGGGACCUGGCACGUAUGCAGGUUAAGGGGUCCCUUAUGUUGGUUGACUAGGUGUAGGGAAGAGAUUGAAGUUGCAGUGUCUCGUGAAUGUGGACAAAACUCCUGGAGAAGCUGGUAGCGCCCUCUGUCACUUCAGGUGUCGGGAUGCAUGUGGGUGGUCAACUUGUGUAGCCGCUUUAGUCGGUUGGAUUUGUUCUUUAUUGGUUUUGGGCGACGUGAUGUCUUUCCCGGCGGUGAUGAGGUGAGAGGAGUCUGUUCUCCGCCCUCCUUGUCUUCGCAGGGGUGGUCCAUUUCUGCCUUUGGGAAAGUUGAGUGGUUUCAUUGUUCGGUAUGGGGUAGUUCCAGUCCAAUAUCGCUGUGUCUGGCAAGUCCAAUGCCCUGAGGAAGGGGGGGACAUCCAAGAUUGAGGCAAUUUGAUGGAUGUUGCCCUUGUUAUUCACUAUUAGGGCGAAUGGAAAGCUCCAUCUGUAUCUGAUAUUUCUGUUUCGUGGGAUCUCAGUGAUUGGCUUCAGUGCCCUUCUCGCCUGUAAUGUGUACCAGGAGAGGUCUGGGUAGAUCUGAAUUGGGUUCUCGUGAAAGAGGAGCGGUUGUGAGGUGUCUCUCAGUGCUCUCAACACCUGGUCUUUGGUUGUAUAGUAGUGUAGCCUGCAAAUGACAUCUCUGGGGGAAUCUUGCGGUAGCCCCUUAGGUCGGAGUGAGCGAUGAGCUCUGUCUAUGAGCAUUUGGCUGGUACCAGAGUCUCCUAAUACAAGAGUAAAGAGCUCUGUCAAAAUGGCUGUUAAAUCCUCAUUUUGGGCCUCUGGGAUCCCCCUUAUGCGUAGAUUGUUUCUUCUCCCGCGGUUAUCUAGAUCAUCUAUAUGUCUUUGGGUGGCAGACAUAAAGUGAAUGUGUGAUUCUAAGGUAGAUGAUAUAUUUAAUAUCUGUGCUUGCAUUGCAUCCUUCUCCUCUUCUAGGUCUGUGACCUUUAAAUUCAUUUGUUGAAUUUCUGUGCCCAUUUCUGUUAAUUUUGUGUGGAGGGUUGCCUCCAAUUUCCCCAUCAUAUUCUGGAGGUCAUCUCUAGAUGGAAGAUUCCUCAGCAUCUCUUUUAUUUCUAAAUCCCCACUGUUUUCUAUUGAUUUUAGCGAGUACUCUGACAUGUGGGGGCUUUGUGGCUGCAUUUCCUCUGUGGGAUCGGCAUCCGCCAUUUUGGAGGUCGCGGCCGCGGCCUCCAAAUCCCGAUCGAUAUUAUCCUUAAAAUAUCGGGUGAGGGAGCCCGAUUUGGGUAUGGGGGUUCUCCCCUGUUGCCCCUGUACCUGUGUGUGCCGUUUGGGAUUGCCCAUCGCGCUGUAUUUUCUCCGAUGGCGGCGGAUCGUGCCCGGGUCUGGAGGAGCUGAUUCAGCAGACGUCCAUCAGGCUUCCCGGCUAGCCACGCCCCCGUGAUCUACUUUUUUAUAUUAAUAGUUCCGUUAUGUCAUCUUGGAAUUUGAUGGAAACAUUCCCUCUUGUUAUUUUACUUUCUAGUGACUGGAUAGCAGUGGCUGCCCAGUUGCUAGUUUUUAUCUUUAGUAUUUGACAUGACAUGCGGCAGGUGGGGGCAUAUGGGAGUUUUUUUUAAUUAAUGUAGAGAUUGAUUAGCAAGGUUUUUGUCAACCCUCAUGCUGUUGAGGGUUAUAUUGUUAACUAUUUGCCUGUUGGCUGCUAUCACUGCCAGCGGGACAUAGAGAAUAAUGGUUGGCUGACAUUCGGUGACCAACGAACAUUUUCACUGACGUUCAGCUGAAAUAUAGACAUUAGAAAGUCCGUCAAACUGAAAUUUUGUACGGGUACAUGUCUAUUCAUAUAUAAACCAUAUAAAUUUAUUGUCAAAAGAAAUCUUUAUUUGUCCUUAACAAAAUUAUAUAAAAAUAAGUGUGGGUGCACUUAAAGUGAAAAGGGUAAAUAAUUUUUUAACAAACCUGUAGCUCAAAUUCUACGUUUUGUUUUGAUUCAGAACUUGGACAAUUGCCACCAUCCUUUGGGGUUUAAUCAACAUGUCAUUCACAACUUUUCAUAUAUUUUUGAGGCAUGGAGGACAUGCAUUUCAAUUAAUACCAUUCUACUCUUCCAGCUGUGAAUACCACCUGAAAUUCUGAUGCACAGUUGAAACUAUUGAGACACACCAAUAUCUUGAAAUCCUUUCUUGUUCCUAAUUUGUGAAACUGGCAGAGAAAAGAACUCAAAAUGAGUGUGACACUAUAGGAUGAAACAGAAGAAAAGCAAAGAUUAUUCAAGAUCACACACUUUACUAUAAUUACAGCCAGGGCCACCACCAGAAAUUUUAGGGCCCCUAAAUCCGCUCAGGGUCUGGGGCCCGCCUCCAAAUCCCGCCCACAGGAAUACACACACAGACACAAAAACACACACUGAUACAAAAGGACACAGAUACACACAGAUACAUACUAACAGACACACAUAAUGAAACAGGCAUACAUACUGACAAACACAUACUGAGACAUACACACAUAUACAGACACACAGACAUACAUAGUGACAGACACAUACUAACAUGCAUGAGGACAUACACAUACAUACACCGACAUACAUACACACAGACAUUCAUUCAUACUGGCAUAUAGACAUACAUUCAUACAUACAGACACUGACAUACAGACAUACAUUCAUAAUGGCAUACAUUCAUACUGGCAUAAAUGCAUAUAUACAGACAUACAUACAUUCAUACAUGCAUACUGACAUCCAUACACACAUACACACAGACAUACGUUCAUAAUGACAUGCAGACAUACAUUCAUACUGACAUACAUGUAUACAUACAGACAUACAUACAUAAUGACAGGGGUCCUCAAACUUUUUAAACAGGGGGCCAGUUCACGGUCCCUCAGACACUAUUGGGGCCGGACAGUAAACAAUAUGAACGAAUUCCUAUGCACACUGCACACACACACAUAAGGACAUAAAUACACACACACACUGACAUACAGACAUAUGCAUACAUACACACAGACAUACAUACUGACAUACAUACAUACUGACAUACAUACACACAUACAUGCUGACAUACAUACUGACAAACACACAUACAUACAUACUGACACACACAUACAUAGAUGCAUACUGACAUACACAUAUACAUACAUACAUACAUAGAUAGAUACAUACAGACAUACUGACAUACACACAUACAUACACAAAUACAGCAAAUUUUGCGUACCUUUUUUUUUGCAGGUGGAAGGCUGUGGCUGAUGAGAGUCGGCGUGGCUCCCGCGGCCUGACUUUCUUCCCUCCCGCGCGGUGCGGAGGGGAGGGACCUGGGAGGAAGUGACGGCCACUUCCUCCCAGUAGUACUUUGUGGCUGCACUAUUGCACGGCCGCAGCGCUAACCGGGCCCCUGAAGAUAUAGGGCCUAUCGGGCGGCCCUAAGUGCAUGAGCCACCCAAUAGGCCUCAACAGCGUGCGGACCCCGGUGCAACUGCACCGAUGGCAGUUCUGCCGCUACACGUGGGGCCUGGGCGGCCCGGACCGUGACGGUGACAAUCGUCAUGGUUGUCACACCCUGAUGGCGGCCCUGAUUACAGCUACAACAGCUAAUCAGAAUUCAAAGGAAAACCAACAUUUUUAAUGACCUCACUAAUUCCAGCUGCUGUUUUAGAAAAUAUUGAUUGCAUUUCUUCAUCAAAAAUCUAUUUUGUCAUGUACCGAAUUAAUAUACAGAGAAAAACGUGGAGGACAGAGUCCACUACUGCUAAGUGUAAGCGAUGGAUAUGUGUGACUGUGUCUAUAGCCACCCAUUCUUAAAUGAAUUUGCAGUAUCCUCAGUGCAUAGGAUGUCUGGUGUUUGAGAUUCUGAUUAAGGCUGCAUUUGCAGCCUCUUGCUACCAUCUGUAUGGGUAGUAACCUUUAUAGUAUUUCCAGUGCCAAGGAGCACCAACGAUAUACUGGUAGAUAUUCUUUAAAGUAUAAAAAGAAUGAGCAGCACUUCAAAACAGGAGUUCAUAAUUUUUGGCAUGAUAGCGGCGCUUUAAGCUUUUAUAGAGCAUUUCAUUGGAAUUUAUCCAUUAAAGUGAACCUGUUAAGAAAAAAGUAACUUACCUUAAAUCGUCCCCAAAUAUUUUGAAUAGAAGAUAUACUCACCUCUGUUCCAGCACCGCCAUCUUCAUGGGUGUUACUCUUUGUGUAACAAACACCUGUGGCCCAUCCUCAGCUCAUCCUCUAGUCUUCUUUCAUUAACCCUACUUGGGAACGCUUCCCCAAGCAGGGCAAACCUCAGUGAUGCUGAAACGCUCCUUCAUUUGCCAGAUUUGGAAUAUACAACCUAACCAGCGCUAGCAACAGCAACCACAGCGCACAGGAGAAUGACCACCUCUGGGAGGUCUUUUCUGCUUUCUUUUGUCAGUUAAAUUUUCGGCAUAGAGUCUAUGCUGAAGAUUUGACUGAGAAGUGGGAGAAAUAGCUAUUUUUAAAAAUCUGCUAGCACAGUGUAGUGAGUGAAAUUUAAUACUUACGUAGUUUGGGGCAUGACCAGUUUAAAAACAGAAAUGUAAUGAGUUGAAGCAAAAUUAAACAUUUCUUCAAAUGUACGUGAUUUGGAAAAUUGAUCCAUAUUGACUAUAGUCCUAGUUUGACUGUAAUGGGUUACCUUAUAUAAUUCCGUGUUUAGGGAAUAAAACCCAAUGAGCUCUUAGUCAGUUAUGAAGCAGGGUAUAAAUCACUCUCUAAAUAUUUUACUCAGUUUCUGGAUUCAUGUACUAAAUAUACUUCUAGCAAUGAAUACAGUGAAUGUUCUGUUGUUUUUCUCAGUGUUACAAUUACACCAGCAAUGUUUCUUAUUUGAUAUUGUGAGACCAACUUGCAGAACUGUGGAGACAUUGCUAUUGCAUUCUAAACUACUUGCGAAAACCAAGCAAAACAUUUUGAAAAACAAUUUUUACUUCAGUGUGUAAUUUAGUAAAUAGAAAACCACAUAUAAAACUGAAGAAUAUCUACUUUGAUUUGCUGGAUUUAUGAAUAUAGUUUUCCUUUGCUUAAGGUUGGCAAUCACCGUAGAGUCAGGUUGACUUAAAGUGGCUCUGUCACCUUAAACUUACCUUUCCCAUAUUGUUUACUAUUACAGUAUUUUUCAGAAUCUGUUCAUCUUUUUUUAAUGUCUAAUCUUUUUUUUUAUUUAAAUACACAAAACAAAGUAGGAACUACUUUGUCUUAUGUAUUUUUCCUACACCAGGCAAUUGUGACAAAAUGGAGGAACCUAAGGCAAGCUUCACUUCCUUUGUUAAAGGGACACUAUAGUCACGAGAACAACUACAGCCUAUUGUAUUUGUUCUGGAGAGUAUAAUCAUUCCCUUCAGGCUUUUUGCAGUAAACACUGCCUUUUCAGAGAAAAUGCAUUGUUUACAUUACAGCCUAGGCAUAAUUCCACUGACAACUCCUCAGAUUGCUGCUAGAGGUGCUUUCUGGGGCAGUGAAGAUGCUGAUUGGCCAGGGCUGUAUUUGGCUUGUGCUGACUCUGCCCUGAUCUGCCUCUUUGACAAGCUCAGCCAGUCCAAUGCUUUCCUAUGGUAAAGCAUUGUGAUUGGUUUUGAUUAACACUUCUGAUGAUGUCAAUCAAGCAGACAGAACAGGGGCAGAGCUAGCAGCAGUAGACUGAAAUAAAGGCAAUAUUUUACUAUAGUUAGUGGGGCUAGAUGGUGUUUUUAGCACGAUAGGGUCAGGAAUAUGUGUUUGUGUUCCUGACCCUAUAGUGUUCCUUUAAGCUGACAUAAACUUUGAAAAGUAUGUUGUAAUAAAUGCUUAUAAACUUGGGCACGCCUAUGAGCUAGGGGAGUUUCUUCAGCCACCCACCUCAUAUCUCCAUUUCAGACCAGUACACUAAUGAUAGAAACAGGGCAUUAUUGGGCAGCAGCAGGAGAGUUAAACCUGUCAGUAGAGCCUGCUCUGCAUGAUUACACUGUUUAGACUCCCUGUCUUCUCCCCCCUGUCAAGAUUCUGCAAGGUAAAGAGAUGUUCCAACUUCACAUGUGUAAAUCUGUCAGACAUGCCCGAUUCACUGUUCCAGCAUUUGUAGGGAUAGGACACUUAUUUGUAAGAUCAAUGUCCCUCUUGGAGUGGGGGUGGAAAGCAUAAGAAGGAAGAAGCAGCUAAAUAUGAAAAAAAUUUACCUGCUUUUUUCAGCCUGCAGAGUGAGGCAACUGCGUCAUUCAAAGCUAAAGCUUUUGAUAGAGACAGCUGUCUUAAAGUGAUUCAUGUCCCUUUAAAUCAAUGCCCUUGACAUUAACAUAUCUGCAAAUCAAUGACAUUUCAGCUUCUUUUCCACACAGCUAACAACCAUAAGACAAUAAAAAAAAACCCUAGUUGUUUGUCCUUAAAGCUGUAUUCCUGACACUAUCGCUCCCCCUGCUCCCUCUCUCCCUCGCGUCCCUUCCCCGGUAACUAAAGGGUUAAAAAUCCUUUAUUUACUUGCCUUAUCACAGCGCCGAUGUCCCUCGGCACUGGGUCAAUGCUUUGCCCCCUCCGACAUCCCUUGACUAAUGGGUGCUAUAGACCUCCCCAUCAAUGCUUUCCUAUGGGGGAAAUAAAUCUGACACUGGAUGUCCUUACGCAGAGCGUGAGGAUGUCCAGCGUCUGAUACCAGACCAAAGGUCCAUUUUGAUCGAGGAAGCACUCUGGUGGAUAUCUGGUAGACAACCAAUGGAGGCAGAUUUAGAGCUGCAAUGUAAAAAUGCAGCAGGAAGUACAAAAGGGGCAGUGCACCCAGACCACUUCAAUGAGCUGAAGUGAUCUGGGUGCCUAUAUUGUCCCUUUAAAUAUAUUUGUCAUUCUUGUGGGCAUAAUAGAGAAUUCUGCAUUGGCAAACUGUAGAGAGAUAAUACGUUAAAAGAUUACCACUAGCAAGGUGGACUAGCACUAAACAUUUUUGUAGUCACUUGGGAUAACAAUACUUUGGUUCUGGGAAAAGGAUGAGCCCUGACCUUUGAAAGACGGCUGCUGGACUCAUGCCAGCAUCUUCCCCAUGUUUUCGUCUCCCAGUUCUCUCUGUCUCUUUCUUUUGUUAUCAUCUUUCCACUUUAAUGAUUUUACUUUGGUUUUCUCGAUUGUUCCAAUGACGUCACAGAUUUUUCCCAGACACCUUAAAUCAUGUUUUACCUUCUUUUAUUUUUUUGUUUGCUUUGUAUAAUGUUCAGUAAUAAGAGUAGAGUCGCAUUAAAAAACUAGGUUUUACUUAGUUUUUAAAUGCAACUCUACUCUUGUUACUGAUUUUCUAGUUUUCCUCUGCAACUAUAUGAGACCAGUAAUCACCAAAACGACAUUGAUUUCCAAAAAAAGAAAAACGUUUUUUCUAAAAUAAAUCUAGUCUCAUACACUCUAUUAUUUGGUCAUAAUUUUGCUACAAUAAUAUAAAAAAGGUACAAAAGAUAGAGCAGGUUUAGCGCUAAUCAUCCAGAUAAGGCAGGACAGCAAACAAAAAAAAAGGGGUCCCUCCAACCCUUUUCAGAAUUAACAGAAAAAAAAAAUACAAUAAAAUACUGUUGUCAGUAAUCAAAUGCAAUAGUCCAAAAUAGAAAAGGAAUACCCCUUUAAAUGCAAUAUGAGUUCUUGGGUAAAUCCUUUGCUUCCCUUUGAUAAAGCCCUAUGUGGUGAAACACGUUAUGGAAAUUAUUACUUUCUUGUUUUUUUUUUAUCUAAUAAAGGAUUUUUUGGUCACUAUACUUGUGUACUGUGCCAAAUUACCUGUUUUAGAUUAAUUUAUUUCAGGGCUUGACAAAUCCAAGGCGCAAGGUCGACUUAGAAUUUUGUCCUGGUAUCUGGAAUUGGUCGGCCCGUUCCCUCCCUCUCGCAGGUGAAUUGCAAGCUUGAAGGGCAACAUUUGAAGACUGCCAGCUUGCCGCCCGCCCACCCACAUUGCGCAAAGGUGGUCUGCCCGCGUUCAUUCCACAGAACCUGCCCGGCUGCUUUCCUCAGAGAUGGCCCAGCUGCCCGCAUCCCUCAGAGCCGGCCUCCAGCCCGCACCUUUACACAGAGCAGGCUGCCCGCCCUUUCCCCUGUGCGCCGGGAGGUAGCCCACAUGCUUGGAAUUGGUCGGCCCGUUCCCUCCAUCCUCCCGCAGGGGAAUUGCAAGCUUGAAAGGCAGCAUUUAAAGACUGCUAGCUUGCCGCCCACCCACAUUGCGCAAAGGUGGUCCGCCCGCUUCCAUUCCACAGAGCCGGCUCGGCUGCUUUCCUCAGAGAUGGCCCAGCUGCCCGCAUCCCUCAGAGACGGCCUCCAGGCUGCCCCUUUACGCAGGGCCGGCUGCCCGCCCUUUCCCUGCGUGCUGAGAGGAAGAAAUUACAGUUCCCUUCACUUCCUCCCGAUGCACAGAGAUCUGGACAGGGGUUGAGUAGACAGGAGAGUCUGGAACAGCAGCAGUUGCAGCCGCAGCCAGCCCCCACUAACCUAUUGUCAUUUGCUCCUGCCCAGUCCCACUGGACCCCAGGGAAGCCACCCCACUGAGCCCAAAAGGUAGGAAACAGGAGGGUGACUAAAAAUAUGUAUUUUUAUUUAAUUUGUGUGUGUAUAUCUGUUAUGCCUGUUUGUCUGUGUGUAUCUAUGACUCUUUGUGUGUGUGUGUGUGUGAAUGUAUCAAGUAAUACUUUGUGAUUGUGUGUCUCAGUGUGUGUGUCAGUGUGUUUGUGUCUGUAUGUGACUGUGUGGGUGUGUCCGUCCGUCCGUCCGUCUGGGUGUGUGUGUCAGGGGGUGUGUGUGUUGUGUCUGUCUGGGUGUGUGUGCGUUUAAGUCCCCUCUGAUCGCAUGGGAAUGGUGUUGUUACUUACCUUUUUUCCAAUGCUAUGCCAGUCUCGCUGUAGCUGGCUAGCCUCCAUAGCUAAGAUUAUCAAUUACCAAUCAGCAUCUCCUCAUAGAGAUGCAAUAAAUCAAUGCAUCUCUAUGAGGAACAUACAGUGCCUCCAUGCAGAGCCUGAAGAUGCUGAAUGUAAGCAGGAGACCCUUCAGUGGCCGUUUGAGUGACGGCUAUUAGAGGUGUUACUAAGCAGCAAUGUAAACACUGCCUUUAAUCCUGAAAAGGCAGUGUUUACUUUGAAAAGCCUGCAGACACCAUCUAUAGACACCAGACCACUACAUUAAGCUGUAGUAGUUCUGGCGAGUAUAGUGUCCCUUUAAGAAUUGUAUUUUUGUCAUUGGGAUAAAAACUGGCUCCUAACUUUUUUUACUAGCUCCUAGAUUGAAAGCAAAUUUCUCAAGACCUAAUUUAUUUUAUCCUAUUUACUUCCUGGCUUCCUGCCUACUCCAAAGAAAUCCUAGGUGGGGAUCAUACCACCAGCGCCUUAUCCAUAGAGCAGUUUGCCUGCUCUAUAUUUGUAAGUAUUCACUACAAUUAUUAUUUUAGCUUUUUUUUUUUUUUUAUUGCAACAGAGAGCACUAUUAUCUGCCUUUUUAUAUUCUUGGCAUUUUUGGUUCAACAAAACUACCUCUCCUUUGGAUACUUAUCCACAUAUCACAUAUCCCGUAAGUAGGUAUUAUACCACUGUACACUACUACAAUUGGAGCUGGUCAGAGCUCCAUUAAAUGUGAGUAGGAUAGCGCUGUUUUAUUAUAUACACCAUGCCUAUAUUGAUUUAUUGCACUAUUGGAUUUCCUGUUCUUUCUGUUUUACAUAUCUUUAUGGAUCUUACCAAGGAACCUACUUUCCAGUAGAAGAAUCUACCAUCUACCCAAGAACUUAUAUUGCAUAUAAAGGGGUGUUCCUUUUUUAUUCUGGACUAUUUCAUUUGAUUACUGAUAACAGUAUUUAAUUGUAUUCUUGUGGCGCAAUAAUAUAAGCAACAAUGAAUAUAUAAAUGUUUCACUUUCAAAUGUAUUUUUUUUUUAGUGUGAACUUGAGAAAGCUGUGGAAAAUGCACAAACAACAAAAGAUUCUAUUGUAUUACUUGAAGAGAAAAUAGAAAACUUGGAGCAGGAAGCAUCAGGAAGUGAUACGAUAAAUGUAUGUAUAAAUUAUAUAUGCUAUUGUGUUUUAACAUAGAAGAAAUAAAUAAAAUAAACCCCAAUCUUUUUUUCUAAUUUAUGCUCCUCAGGUGAUAGCCUCAAAGUCAGAUGGAUUGCAGCUUCCAAAAGUUUCAUAUGAAGUUCCCACCAUGCAAGUAUGUAAACUAUGUCUUUGCUUCACAAAUUGCCUAUACUUUGUGUUUCUGAUUAUUUACAUUUUUUAAUUUGUGUAGUAAAUCUGCAGUUCCACCACAUUAUAAUUCCCCUCCUUCCUUGUCGAUUGAAAGCAAGACUAGCUAGACACCUCUCCUCCUCCUCCUCCUCUCCACACACACACACACUCCCAAAUAGUGCUAGAGCCCACUGCCUUGGUGUAUCCACAUGUAUUAUGCUAUUUAUUACAAAGUCUUCAUAACUUUGGGUCAUACCUAUUAGCACUACGCAAAUAAACAUACAAACACGACAAAGUUAUACAUCCCCUGUUGUAUUGUUCCGAGGAAUCAUUUUGUGCCGUUUGUUAGAAUUGUCCUAUUCUGAUUUGGACGCCAUUUAGGUUUACAUUUUGAAAGGAGCAGGCCUUCUUUAAAGUUUAUUCUUUCAUAAUUUCUUUCUUGUAGGAAAAUUUUCAGAAUUUGAAAAAUCCCUCUAUGCUGUUGAAAGAACUUCGUGUGAUACAGUCUACUCCGGUUGCUGUUGAUCUGUGCAGAAUUAUUGAGAAAUCCUAUUCUGUAAUAGAUGCCAUGUGAACAGAAUCACCAUAUGCACACAUUUUAAGUCUGCUACUUCUGUUUUUUUCUUUCAUAAUUACUGAGUCUGUUGCCUGUGAGUGCCUGGGAUUGGCUACAAUAUUUUAACCAGUUUCUGGUUGAAACAUAUAUCACAGGAGAAAUAUGCAUGACCAAUCGUUGCUGCAGUAGAGAGGUAGCUCUUUCUCUAUAUUAUCUACAUAUUUCAUUAAAAGGGUUUGCAUAUCUAUAUUGAUUGGAAUGUCACUUUCAUGUGUAUUUUACACACUAAACGUUGUUAAAAUCCUCCCUGGAGUGACUUUUAAAAUAUAUAUAUUUUUUUUUAUGCUACAUUACCUGCAUAUUUUCGCAGUUUUUACCUAUUUAAAUUGUUAGAUUUUUAGGAUUUUCAAACCUUUUUUUUUAUUCUGAGUGUCUAUUGAAGUAAACCAAUAGCGUAUACAAAUGAGUAGAAAUGGUAAAAAUGUAUUUAUAUCCUUGAUAUAAAUGUAUCAGCUAGUCAGGUCCUUACCCCC